GUCCGACUUUGCUACUCUCUUGCCCCGCUAGCUAGUCUCCAGUCUCUCGGGGGCAUCGAAGAACAACUCGCUGAAGUCCCAACCAUGGAAGGCGACAACAUAAUAAUGCCUGCUUGACUCGGGGACAUAUUUCAAGGUAAGUUUGGCGAUUAAAAGAGUAAAAAAAACAGGGGAGAAGGGGAAUUAGCGGCGGGGAAGCUGUGUGCGUGUAGGGGGGCGAAAAGUUUCCCCGCCUCAGUGUUGGGACAGACGGAGCAGAGGGGAAUGGAUCCACUCCAGUGUUAUUCACACUCAGGAUGUGUCACACUGGUAGCUUGUCUUUUUGUGUCUUUAGCUAAUGUAGCAGCCUGAAAACCUUAAAUGAAUGGCUUUAAAUCAUCAUUCAGGCUGUAGUAGUUGGUAAAAAAUGGAAAUGUGCUGUUUGGCUUGUCCGACGAUGACAUGAAUGAGUGAAAAGUGAAAUUUUAUUUGUGAGCAGAUGAGUUGAAUUAAUGUCUUUUUAUUCCCCGGUUUAAAAUUUGACCAUGUGUGAUAUUAUGGUAAGUGAAAGUGAAGUUGUGAGUGCUUUUGAGUGUCUGUUAAACUGUCUGCAGGGAAAGUAGGGUAAAGCAACAAUGCUGUUUCAUGGGCUUUUUAUUAUCAUGGCACUUGUAUUUGCUCCCAGCCCUCAAACACACUUACCUGUGUAAUAAUAAAGCACCUAAAUUAUGAGUCAUUCAAAAGCACUUGUUGAUAUAAUAAACAAAACUAGUGUUCAUCCUGCUCUUUCCCUUUGUGUAUCUAUGUGCAUAAUAAUAAUUCAGGGAAAGGUUAAUACACAAUCAGGGACAAAUCCUGUACAUAGACACAGGCAGGCAGAGAAAAAAGACUAUGAGACUGGAUCCCACUACAGAUGUGCAUUCCUCCAGCCAGUGGAGUGAUGAAGCCUUUAAAUAGAGCUCAACAGGAAUGCAAACACACCAUGCAGAAAGAAGAGGCCUGGGGGCUUCACAGGAAUAAGGCAGGGGAGGUAGGUGGUUCAAGACGUCUGCGAGCACUUUAGCCUAAAGUGGGUUAAAUUUGCUUCUUAGUUGUGUCUCACCGUUUUAAGCAAGAUAUCAGUCAAACUGCACACCGUUGAGGUAGAUUCUCCACUCCUACAUCAGUUAAUGCUCAACAUAAUAUGAAUUAAACAUCUUUUUACUCACAGAGAUGUUUUAACACUGUCAUCAGGGAGUCAAAGCACUCAAAUUCUCUCUUCAUGCUCCAUUCUGGUUUAGUCCAAGUUUUUUAGUCUGUUGGGAUAUGCUCAGAAGUUGUUGGAGUUGUCAUUGAUUUAUAAUACAUCUAUGUUUUGUUAGAAAAAGAUACAGUACAAACUGGGAAACAGCCAUCCAGUGCAUGUUGGUGUUUAUUUGCAUCACUCGUCUCUAACAGGGCUUUUAUGAGGAUAAAAAACUAUAAUGGUAAGUUAAAAGGGGAAAAAAAAGGAAAAGUAUUGUGGGUUACCAGUGGCAACCAGUUGUUUGAGUGUCUCGUGACUGUUUUAAAUGGGAUGAGUGCAUUGCUCAUUUUAUAGCUGUUCUCUUUUGGUAGAGAAGUGGCUUUUUCUUCAUGGUUUCUUGCGGAGAAGAUCUCACAGUCAAAAGACGAGUUUGUUGGAAGUAACCUAAAGACAUUUUCACUCGAUGAAAUCAGAAAUUGGUCAGAAUUAACCCGCAAACAGCAGAGUCAGCAGUUCUUUUGACAAUAUUUGUCUUUGCUCAAUAUUCUGAGCCGUGUACAUGCCAGAGAAAAACAGUCUCUGAUUGCAUUGUCCAGGUACGUCAGUCCAACUUUGAGAAGUUUGAUAUCAGACAAAUGUGUUCACAUGCAUUUUCAAAGUCCAAUUCCAGUCAGACCAUUGCAAUAAAUCAGCUUAAUACACAUCUAAAGAGUGCUCCCAGAACCACCUAACAUCAUCAUAUCCCAAAACUAGAAAAAGCCGAUUACAUGCUGAGUUUUAUUGCUGUCCACGCUGAAGCUGUGAGGAGCCAAACACCUGGCCACUCCUUGUAGUAUCUGUGGUUUACAGCGGGAUUUACCGCCAUUUACUGACUAGGUCCGUUGGUCAGAAAACAUUUCCUCAGUUUCAUUGUGUACUCAAAGACAGCAGGCACCUUGAUAUUUCACCUAUAGAAAAUCCACUCCUGGUAUCCCAGCUCAUCUGUCUCUUUGUCUUUACAAACACUGUGGCCUAAAACUUUUACAAUGAUUUAGAGGGACACAGUAAACAAAUAUGCUCUUUGGACUCAGAAGAAGGAAUUAGAGUGUCUUUUUCUUUGCAACACUGUGGUACAAAACUUUUACCAUUUUUUAGAGGUACACACAGUAAACAAAUUCGCUCUCUGGACUCAGACAAACGAUAUAUGGCGGUAGAAGGAACAUCCAAAGUGCCCAGAUUCCCCAGAAUGUUACAGUCCAUUUUAAAAACAUGCUUUGGUUCAUGCCACGUUGUGACACGUAUGCAUUUACCUAAACUCGGCUCUGUAAAGUCAUGAUUAUUGUCAUGUUUAUCCACUUAUAUCUCAAAGAAUAACUCUAAAAGUGAAUUUGAAGUUAUUUGCCGGGACACUUGAUUUGCCCAAGAACUCCGUUUGUGAAGUUUGAUAAAAACUCUAGUGCAGUGAUUAGGUUAACGAGUGUUUUCUUUAGUUUAGAAUGACUUCAAUUGAGCUGCACUCCUAACACCUCAUUCUGGUUUGAAAAAAGGGACUGUUUUUCAGCUGGCCCUCUGCUUUGCCUGAUUCCCUGCAGACAUCUCCAACUAGCCGUCCAAUCUCUGCACUUACUAUGGCCAAAAACCACACACACACACACACACACACACACACACACACACACACACACACACACACACACACACACACACACACACUAUGUACAGUGUGCACAGUUUCCCCCGAGACCUUGACACAGACUUCUGCAUGCGCAUACUGUACAUAGGCCCACACUCAGACUUCCAGUGUGCUUGUGCAUGAACACUCUUAUAAUCCUAAGCACACACACACACACACACACACAGAGCUAAACUCAGGCCAAGCCUUCAUACUCUCUUCUCCACACUCAUAUUUCACUAGUCACACACAGAGGGCCCUCGGCAAUCAACUUUAAAUUAGAGAGAAAGCUGCUCCAAGAACUUGAGCACUGCCUGCCAGGUCCAAGGCUUAUACUCCCUUUUGUGUGUGCGUGUGCGUGACUGUGUGUCUGUGUAUGUGUGGAAAAAAAGACAGAAAGCCAGCUCUUGAUAUUAAACCAACUUUGAGGGGCCUAGAUUGGGGUAUUUUUUUCCCCUUUCUUCUGCUGUUGGUGCACUCUUUCACCACUCACGCUCUUACCAGCUCUGCUCAAUUGUUCAGUGGAUCUCAGGCGUUUUCCAGUCUGAAGGGGCCGUAAGUCAUAAUACAGUCCAAACUGAACUUGUUCAUUUCUCGCUCCACUGUGAUUAUCUACAUUAGCUAUAGUUCCCACAGUUUCCAGCCACAAGAUCAGACUGCGUAAGUGGGGCUUGAUGUUGUGGCUUUGACCUGCGGUUUUUACAGACCAACAAGGACAGCCGUAGUGGAUUGAUAGAUAAAGUGUUGUAUGUGACAGUAGUUAGAUAUUCUUUUGGAUCGGACUUACAUCAGACAUGUUCCAUCCAUGUGCAGCUUUAGAUCUGCCUCUCUUUAAAUCACUCUUCUGAGAUUGGUGAACGAUGGUUAAGUACAUAAUAGCAGCUCUGCAAAGAAACCCUACACUCCCUCUUUGAUAUGGGGACUGAUGCCAAACGUAUGAAGUUUUCGGCAUCUGUUUUCAAUGGAAAGAUGUAUUUUUGCCAACAGACUCCAUGUCUGAAAAAUCUGCACAUUGUGUAAGAUCAUCGUUAUUUUGCCUGUUACCACUUAGACUAUUAAAGCAUCGUAAGCGACACGUACUCUAGAAAAUUACUAGAAAACUUAAGGAGCUUUGACCAGGAAAUUUACCCGACUGUACUGUUCACACAAACACCAUUACGGGGGUUUCAGGAGGCUGAUCUUGACAUCAAAUAGACGCUGCGUUAGUCGCAAUGUGAGACGAUCAAAACCACCCAUCCUUUACUUUCAUUUUACCAUCAAAGUUUCAGAUUAUGCUGCUUUUUCUAACUAUGUUUUCAAUGAUUGCAUGAACACUAGAAAGAAGAAGUGAGUAUAAGGUCAUCUCUCUAUGUUUUCCAUUAGUUGUAUCCCGUCACAUAUCUUUCCACCUGGCUCAAAGUGCCGUUGUAAAGCCUGUUGAGCUGCCCUUGAACUCUCAAUGAUGGAUACAAUAAUCGAUUUGCAGAACACAUUCUGAUCAUCUCUGCCAACGAAAAUAAAGGGAUUUUGAGGUGGGCUAUUAUUUGAGAGGGGGAAUAAAUUCACUCAGUUUGAGAUUUACUAAAAUCUUAAAGAAAAGUUUGAAACUAUUGUAUAAAAAAACAUGCUGCCUUAUUCUCAUGGUAAACGUAUAUCUGAAAAAAAAGAAAAAAAUCACACAAACCAACACCUGUGUUAUCAGUUUGUGGGGGCUGUCGAGUAUCACACAGCGUCCCUGGGUAAUUUCAUAGACACGACAGACUGUUAAUCCAAGAACUUUAAAAUAGGUGAAGUAGUGUUAAUUGGACUUUAAAAGGACUUUUAAAAAACAACACUAAUUAAAGAUCAGGUUAAAUCCCCUCUAAGAAAACACAAGAUUCAUUUAUUAUUAUUUUUUAUAAACUUACAAGCUGUGUCACAUCUAUACUGAAAUUGUUGCUUUUAUUUGAAUGUACUUGUCAACUUAAUGCUUGAUUUUACAAACUACAUUUGACUUCAUCAGUUUUCAUCCUCAGCACCACAGUACAGGUGUUUUACUCACAGGCUGAUUAUGUAAUUAUGAUAUGAUAAACUCAGAAACCAGUCCAGAUAAGGGUGAAAUGAAAUGCUUUUAUUUUGAAAUGAAGUAUAUGCUACUUCUGGUAGAUUUUGGAGUGACUGAACUGAGAGAAAAUAAGGAUUUAAGAGCUGCAUUAGCACACCCAAAGACACACAGGCUCUCACACUGUUUUUGGAUUCACUGUGUGGCUUUAACCAUCUACAACCAACAUCCUUCAAUCUCACUCAUUCAUACGCUUUGUCUUUAUUCUGGCGUCCUAACAUCACUUUGUUAAAAACUCACAUUUCUUAAAGAGUGAAUGACCGUGUGUGUUUAACAGCUAUGAAAUACUGCUACAAUCGAAGUCAAACGAGACUUCAGCAGGUUCGAGAUAUUCUGUACCUACUUUGUCGAACUCAGUGUUGACAGUGAAAAUAUAGCUCGCCAGAGAGAUUAUUAGAGCUUGGCAGAAUAUUAGCCCUUGCUGGAAAAACACUCUAUUGAUUGCUUUGGUUUUAAAAUUAUACCUCCAAAUCACAGGAGGAAGCUCGCCAAACCAGCAUGAAGAAUGAUGUGGAUUGAUUUACAGGCUGCUGCUGUGGCAGAAAUGCACCAGCGUUUUGGCUGCCUGCUGUUGACUCCCACCCUGCAGGUGUUUCUAUUUACCGUCACUGCCAUCCUGAAAAUGUUCUGUUUGAGAACCUCGUGUCCCCGAUGAAAUGAAGGUGUUUUUGUAGUUAAAUGCAUAGAUCCUCCAUCUUGUUAUUUGAAAAGGCUCCCUGGCGGACUCACUUUGCCGUCUCUGCAGGUUUAUUUCCAAAAGAAGAGAUCUGAGAGCUGAAAGAAAAGAGGAGAAAUGGAGCUCUUAUUUCAUUCCCUCUGAAACAGAGCUGUAAUGAGGCAGUUCAUGUUAUUAAAGGGAGCUGUACUUCAAACCCCUCAACCCUGUCUCCUAGAAAAACACGUUUCCUGAUCACAGUUCUCUGCAGAUUUCAAGAAAGUGUAUAUCAUUCGUUAUUCGUACCGUGAACAGCACUGCCACAAUACAACAGCAGUUUGUUUUGGAAACAGUCAUCAGUAAUCCCUAAAGUGUGGCUUGUAAGCUGCUUUUGGAAGGUUUGGGCUGGCUGAAUAACGCCUGUCCAGCCUCUAAAUCAGCUGUUCUGGCUAAGAGCCCCAGAGCAUGGAGCAUGGUAAACCUUAGCUCAACUCAGACAUGGAGGCUUUAAGUGAUCAUGUUAGAGUCUAGAGCUAUAGAGACAGUGCAGUUAGGACUUCACUACACAAAGAAAACAACAAAAGCGUGUUUUGAAGCUGCUGUGUGUUGGGAUGUACAAUACAGAAAAUGAUCAUAAACAAAACUGCUGAUCCACGAAGAGGACUAAGCAGCACCAUCUACAUCAUCAGGAAGAGCAGUAAAAUUGAUGAUGUGGAUCUAAUAUGCAUCGUCUGAAGCGCUCAAAGCUGCAGAUGUUUGACAGAGGAGCAGAUGAUGUUCAGUAGAUGUAGGGUUUCAGUGGUCCAUGUUGGGCCGUGUGUUUCUGCCACUGUGCCUAUUUUUACUGGACUGUUUGUUAAUAAUUAAUGAGCUUGUCUGUCUGAAUUAUGUGGCAGCCUGUUAUGAUGAAGCAAACUGUCCCCUGGGUCACAGGAGUGUGAGUGUGUGUUAGUGUGUGUAAUUAUGACAGAAUGUCUAUGGGAGGAAACUGAACCCACUUCAACCUUUAACACCCACCUCUCUCUUCUUUACCUGUCUUUAUUUACGUGAACCCCUGCCUCUUCAUUAUUUGGUUAGCUGUCCUCUCUACUCCGUGUGCUUCUCCUCCUCCUCUUUCUCCAGCUUUGCUUCGACUGUGUUUGUUGUCUUCAUGGAGUGUUAGCUGUCUUAGAGAAGGUUAAAUGGAUGUUAUCGAGCAUGGUGAUCAUAUCAGAUUUGGCAAGCAGGUGACAGAAACAAAUGAGACUUGUAGCCAAGGUUGCACCAACGCGGUCUCUGAAGUGAGCAAAUGUUUACACAGCAGCUUCCAAGAGCUUUCAUGUCGUCUAUAUUCUCAUUUUUUGCAGAGCUUGCUGUCUGCUGUGUUAUCUUUGUGGGAUUUCAUUAUUUUAUUCUACAGAUGAUGAAGUCUUACCUGUUAACCACUGACCACUUUUGCUGAAACGUAGAAAUCAAUAUGCAAAAGCUUGAAAUUGAGACAUUUUUUUACUUAAAGGUCUUGAUAAAGUGACAGUGGAGAUAACUCUGUGAAACAACCCCUCAACUUCUGCCUUUUGGCGACAUCAACAUAUGUUUUAUUUAAAAGUUGAUGUCUUAAAGAUAUCACUGCUAUCCCUUACCUCUUAGAAAUCACAGCUUACCUAUAAGUUACAGAAUAUUACUUUAUUUUUAUUUUUUCCUCCUUUAUGAUCGGACUUUAUAGCAGUAACUAAACAUUUAAAAUUCUGCUCUUGCAACAUAAAUGUCCAUUUUCAUAUUAAUUUUAAAGCUCCUGUGUGGAGUUUUUUUUUUUUUUCACAUUUAUAAAAUACACAAAAAUUCAUAUUGAUGCAUAUGUAUGAUACACAAGAGCAAGCAAGACCAUUAUCAACAAGACUGACAAAUCUUAAUCUGUGAUUUUGGAUGCCUGAGUCCAGUGUGAGGGGGUAGGUGUCUCAGUGGACUGGGAUUAAAAUAACAUUAUCUUGAUUUAUCAGACUUGUACUGGUCUGACUGAGAAAAAUGAAAUGUUUUAACCAUCAUGUGAAGAUGGGUUGUCAGAGGUACUCUAGUGCCUGCUUCUAAAAAGUGAGAAAAAUGAUCAAAACUUCAAAAUGUAUUUAAGUUUCCUAGAAACUUGGUUAAUGUGGAACAAACUGGGAUAGGAGACGGCUCACAUUCACCUGCAUGUAUCUCCCUUUUGUUGAACACACACUCUUACAAAAGCCUUAGUGCAGUGAGAUGUAAUUCAGUGUUGUGUAAUAAGCAUCAAAAUGGUCUGAAUUGAAGUGCCUCAGUGCAGCAGAUUAUAUGUUGUGAACACAUUGUGUUUGGUAAAGGUUUAGGCUCUGUGUGAGAUCACGUAGGUGUGUUUUUUUUAGUUUUGUCAGAUCUUAACUCUGAAGACCUCCCUUCCUCUGGAGCUGCCUUUGAUCCUUAACCAGCUUUUUAAUCAGUCUCUUAGAUCGCUCCAGACACACACACGUAAAACACGUAUACACAAACACAGUUUCUAAAAACCAACAAACUCUGAAACCGUAUCAUAGUGGCGCGCUAUAAAUCAGCCGCUUAUCUGCGUUGCUAUCUGAAGCAUUCAUGUUGGUUAGUGGGCUGUUUGUGUGCCAGGUCUGUGCAUUGUGCAUUGGUGCAGAACGCGCUGAUGAGGGCUGUCUUUCUCUCUGUCGCUUGUUUUUCUUUAAAGAAACUUUGCUGUAAUUUUGUGUUGCCACCAGCAAAUAAUUGAGACCACAAUGAGGGUGCUGACGACUUUUUUUUUUGCUUAAGAAUUUCCGUGUUAAUUUUUAACCCACUUGGCCUGCUGUUUUAGUACACAUUAAAUCUGUUUACUCUGCUGUUUGGUUUCGUUAAUGCGUAUACUGAACAGCAAACAGUGUAAAUGAGUGCUUACAAUAUUCCCUUUAGCCUGACAUACUGUAUGAAGGGUCUGUUUCCCCACAGGAUGAAUAUUUGUGUACCACAGCUCCACACUACGCAUAUGUGUUUGUGUGUUUUGCCACAUGAUCUUUUGCAUAAUUUGGCAGAAGAGAGAAAAAAAACUUGGGCACCCGUGCUACACAGCCGCACUGUUACAACACCAGAUUGAAUGUUGACUGCAUGUACUUUGGAUACCAGGAUAUUUCCCUAUCUUUUCAUUUCUUAAACGAUAAAAAUCCUUUAAAAUCUUAAAUUGAGAGAUGCUUGAAAGACCAAAAACUUUAACUCUUUGAUACAGUGAUUGUGUAAAAUUUGUGGUAGCCUCUUGACAUGUGGUUUGUGAUCCACACAUUACACUAUUCUGGCUGUGUUUCAAAUUAGGGCUGGGCGAUAUGGCCUCAAAUCUAUAUCACAAUAUAUUGAGCAGUUUACCCCGAUAACGAUAAAUGGACGAUAACUACUCCACAUGCUGCUCACCCCCUCCCACAUUAACUACAUCUACUUCAGCCGCUACAACUUUUGAACCGUCCUCCAUCUCCUCACCUGUCUUUCCCUCUUUGUUACGGACUGGAUGGGGUGGAGUCACGUCUUUGGCGUAGGACAGCAUCUUAAAGGGACAGGAGACCAUAGCCUACCUACACACAUCCAAAACCACCUUUAUUUAUUUAUUUUUUUUGACACCAAAUAUACCGAUAUGGGCACAAUGAUGUCGGUCAUUGUCAUAAAUUUCUGUAUCUGUAAAUUUUGGGUUUAUCGCCCAGCCCUACUUGGAGUCAAAGUCAAGAAUCUAUCCAAUACAAACCCCCUAUUCAGUGAAGUUUGGACGUUUAGUAAAAUGUGAAUAAAAACAGAAAACAAUGAUUUGCAAAUCCUUUCCUAUCUAUAUUCAGUUGAAAACAUUGCAAAGAUAUUAAAUGCUCAAACUUAUAAACUUUGUUGUUUUCUGCAAAUAUUCACUCAUUCUGAAUUUGAUGCUGUAGCACAUUCCUAAAAAGAUUUAUUGCCCAGCCCUGGUUUAAAUACAUUUCUCUGUUUUUAGUCUUUUGAUUUUCUCGUCAUCCAUGCCCGAUUCUUCUUCUCCUUGCACCCUCUUUCCUUGUUUGUGUCCUCUCCCCUUAUCUCCUCUUUUUUUCUGCUCAUCUGUUUUAAAUUAAUUCUAGCAAAUACAAAGUGAUGAGUGAACAGAGAAAAUAAAUCACAUGGAAAAAGUUACUCCCUCUGUUACCCCCUCUGGUUAAUGAUGUAAGUUCAUAAAACUGCAGCUAAUUUUUUGCAUUUAUACAAAGUUCAUGCACCGAUUGUUUACUUUAUGAAAUUCCUGAUACCGCCCGUUUUAACUGUGAACCUAUGUUGUGUUUGGAUCCAUAGUGACCAGCAGGAAGGGUCAUUAACCUGUAGCAGCGUCACGAUUAGUUUGCAUCUGUUUCUAGUUGUUGUUUCGAGCUUGCCUCAUUUCUGGCAGCAUUUUUAAACACACAGUCAGACACUGUAGGGAUCAGUUCUCACUUCACUCCUUUACUAAGAUUGUCUUUUUUUCCUCUGGAUCGGUGUGCUUGAUGAAUGGAGGUUUUACUCUCGGUUAUACCGCACCCUUGUGAAUCAUUGAAGAACCACUAAAGUACAUAAAACCAAACAGACCUGCUGCUUUGUUCUGUCGUUCUCUCACUCUCACUACUAUUUUGGUCCCCAUAUGUUGAUACGUCACAUACUUCUCUCUCGUCUCCGUUCUGUUUCUCACUGAACUCCCUGCCGCCUUUUUUAGGAUACUCAGUCAGUCAGUAGUAAUGGGGAAAGCAUGGAGUUCCCAGCAGAGUGACUCAUUCCUCGAGUAAACUGGGGUCGUGUGUGCUGGUGUAGGGUGGUCAAAGUAUGUGUGUGCUAGUAGGGGGCGGGUUCUCAGUGUGUGUUUGUGUGUGUACGUGUGUGUGUGUUUGUGCUCUUUGAUUCAUGUUUCCUAUGUUUUUUCCUUCCUUAAUAACACGUGGGGGAACACUGCUGGCUGUGUCAAAGGUCAUCCAUUGGCUGUUGUGUAUCCAAACACACAUACUUGUGUAUAGAGGCACACUCGCUCUGCAGAUUCAUAUAUGAACUUAUAAGGCAAACUAGACCACCAGUAAACAGACUCUUCUGCCACCAGGGUCAGUGUUUUCACCAGUACAGGACAUAAUUUUGUUUACAGGUCCCACAGGACAGACAGAAGGAUUCUAUCUCUAGAAGUAUGUCACUCAGAUCUUACACCCAGUUACAUUUCAAGUUUUUUAGAAGCUGAAUGUGUGUAGGAGAUAGAGAGCAAACUGACGUUCAUGUGAUCCACACUUGUGGCGUUAUUGGCCAGUCUGGAUCACGACCAAAUCUUAAAACUCAAGCCAGCAAAAGCGCUCUAGUUAACUGCCUUACUGUGAUCUUAUGUUUUCAAGUCUUCAAACUUUUUUUCUUCAAUUUUUACCUCUUUUUUGUUGUACAGUUUUCAUGAGAAAAGACAUAUAUUGUUACUUUAGGAAAAGUCAUAAUGUUUUAGAUGGGUCACUUGUAUUAUUCAGAGUUAAUCCAACACAAGUACCUAUGCUAGGGUUGCCCACCACCCAAAAAGCAGGUCCAGGUGUCGGUGUGCAAGCCAGGAGGACAAUUGCAAACAGCGGUAAAGUUAGGAUCCAGUAGUCCCAAAAUAACCUGGUGGCCUGUUUUACCUUUGUAGAUCAUAUUUACACAUUAGCACAAUUUUUUUUUAGUCUUUUUCUGACCAGCUUUAAACUCCAGCAAUUAAACCCCCUACUUGAGCUGAGUCCGCAUCACGUGGACCCAUGGUACUAGUUUAUAAGUAUGUCCUUUUUUAUUUUAUUUUACCCAGGAGGCUCUGCAGCGGAUGAAUGAUCCUGAGACAGACCCUUAGAUAUGAAGUGUUCCCAUCGCUCGCUGUCGCCGUCUCUAUGCAAACAUGGCGUCCUCAAGAUUUGCUGUCUCUUAUCUGUCUGUGAUCUGAACUAGAAGAGCUGCAUUACCGCCUCAUCCUAGUGCCAAUGUUAAACUCACUUUUUUAACCAGUGCUUUGUUCGUUUUAAGGUGGGGUCAACUGGAUCAUGCAGUCAAGCCCUGAUCAAAACCAGUUACCAAAUCUGGAGCUCAUGGUAGUUUUAAGAUGAAUAUCAGUGUUUUUGUGUCAAUUAAGUCCAUAUUUUUAAGAUUACAAACUGUUUCUAUAAUUUGGUAUACAGUAUAUGAAUUGAUAUUAAGUUGUAUAAAACCUGUGUGUGUUGAUUUGGUUAAUUUAAAACAAAAAGGAUUGUGUGAAGCUUUUCACAGAAGUUGCAUCAGUCUGAAUGAAACAGAAAAUGGUGAGUUGGUGAUUUUGUUUACAGUAUAUGUUUUGUUUGUCCCCGGCUGAAAGCCCUUUCUCCAGAUCCAAAGUGGAGUAUGUUAUCCUGUUGUGAUUGCUAAAUGUUGGUGUAAACAAAUACUUAAAGAAUAGCUAGUUGACCAUGAUUUCAUUUUUUUUUUUGUUCAUAGCCAUGUGCAAGUGUGUGUGUUGUGCUGUUGCAUAAUACAGCGAUCAUCAACUCCGGGCUUCAUGUCUUUAUAAUUGCUCCCAGCAGCAGCAUGGCGCCAGUCAAAUGUACGUGAACGAGCAUUCGAACGCACAAACUCACAACACACACACCAGCGCAUAACGGGAGUAGGGAAAAGCAGAACUGGUUUGUCGGCCAGCCAACCUACUGGUUUAUUGACUUGGACCGAGUUUGGUAAAGCCGUCAUCAUCAUCAUUGUGUGUUUGUGAGUGUUGGUCUGUGGGCUCAUACAUUCGACUUCUCUCUCUCUUUGACCAAACGCCUUUAACUUCACAUGGCUGGGAUUGGUGGGGAUUAAGCGAUUUGUUCGGUAUGUAUGGAGGGUAAAUAAAGUUGUUUUGUAAAACAUUAGAAUGUCAAGACUUUUCUUUUUAGUCUCAUGAAAACACAUUUUUUAAUUUCUGCCAGUGGUUGUGGAUUUUUUUUAAUCACUCUGUUUCUGAUGAUGACUCGACUUUGGAGGAUUAGUAAUGUACUGCACAGCAAAGAUAUGUGUAUGUGGGUCUGUGCGCGCCCCUGUGGCUGUGUCUCUCUGUCUGUCUGUCUGUCUGUCUGUCUGUCUGUGUGGAAGGUCUUAUUGGGUAACAGAGAGCAGAUGUGGAUGGGUAGGUGGGUGGAUGUUUAAAGAGCCUGUCAUUGGCUCACAGAGAGCAGAUGUUUGUUGGACCCAUCGAUGGCUUUUGCUCACCAGCAGCAGGGUACUGGUUUUGGUUCUGGAGUACUGGUUCAAACUGUUCUGCUACAUUUCAGGGACGAAACCAAACAACAUAAAUCACUCAGGGUAAAAAAACACAGCUCACUUUCUCAUGCUUAGUGAUUUGUAGAGCACAGUGGUGAAUCCAUUGACAGAUGUUUAGGUCACUAUACUGUGACUAGUCUCAGCCAAGACACUAUAGCUGUGGAAUUUUCCAGACCACAGUCAUAAAGUGCUGUGGUUUACGGUAAUAUUCUGGUGCUGCCAGCUGACUCCAGUUGAACGUAGUCCAAACAGUUAAGCGCAGUUAAACGCAGUCUAACAUGUUGAGAGGUGAGAUCACAUCCACAGAUGAUUUUGCUUGUGGAAAAGUUUCCUUUGUCACUUUUUUUGUUCUUGGCUCAUUUAGAUUCACUCUUCAGGGCUGGAAGAAAACCAGAGCGAGUAAACAAACGUCAGAACUUUGGCUUUUCUGCUUGUUUGGUCACGAUUUGAAAUGCUAAUUUUCUGCUCCUCAUUCUUUCUGAGCGUGCACGAGUAGAUGUUGGCUUCUUCAAACUUCUGAUCAAACCCUUGUCAGAUUAAUCCUAUCAAUGCACUUUGUAUCUGUUUGGUGCAUUAGAGGUAAGCUGUAAUGUGCAUGUUUUGGGGAUUGGGUACGGGCUGCUCCAUACUAAAAAAUACCUCAUUCAGAAUGAAUUCAUAAUCUAAAUAACUUAAUUAUUAUUUUACUUACAUGUGUUUGAAUUAUGUUAAGGGCUGAAACGAUUCCUCAAGUACCUCGAUAACAAAAAAUGAUUCGAGUACUUGUUUCUAAACUCAAGUCGUCACUGUUUCGCACAGAUUAUUUUCAAGGUAACACUCUUACAUCACCACCGUAGAAGGAGUAGUAAGCGUGGUUUUGGUUUUGCGGACCGCAAAAAAUGAAUGAUGAGAGGCGCUUUUCUUCUGCAGAGCUCCAGUAGCUCAUUAGCAAUUAGCCUCUGAGUCGUGGGAGGAGUCAGCACUGCUCUGCACACUCCUCGUCAUGCUAGCUUGCAGCCUAACAUUGUCGGUGUGGUAGAAGAAGCAGGUAACAUAGGAGCUAUUCUAUCUAUCCAUCUAUCUAUGUAAUGUCUUUGGGGGCAUGAUGAACGUUAAUGUCAUAAUUAGCUUUCUUAUGAGCAUUGCAAUCCGCUAACCCACACGCUUGUUCCACAAUAAUUGCACUUUAACUAAAAAAAAGUAUGUUUUAUCCGAUUACUCGAUUAAUCAAUGGACAAAAAUAUUGGAUCGCUGCAGCCCUAAUGAUGUUUAAUCUGCAUUGUGAGUCUUCUAAUAGUUGGUCUAAUUAAAUAAAAAUUGAGUGAGCUGCAUAUGAUUUGCAUAUAACUACAGUGUAUUUGCACUGCAGGCCUAGAUAACACUCUCUAAACCAGCAAACUUAGUCGAGUGUUUUUGGUCCAUCUUUGACAGUAGCAGUAUUGCGACACAGGCACCAACACAGCCUGCACAGAUGUUUUUACAUUGAAGUGAUUUCAAACAGACGUCUAUCAAAGAUCAUUCCUUAGCAAUGAGAAAAAGGUGACAGCAUGAUGUGUUUCAGGCCAUAUGACGAACAUUGCACAUUCGAUGUGUAUGGCCAACAUGUAUCACAGUUGCAUUGUUCAAACGACAUAUCUUGCAGUCCUAGUUGUGUCUUGAAAAGCCCAAACUGUGAAGUCUUCUUUUUGUGCACUGUUACACCAUCAGAGAAAACUUUGCCGUGGCUCGUGUGGGCAUGCCAGAAGUCCUGGAGACCAUCUGUUUGGCCACUGCGAGGUCCUUUCGCUCUCUUGCUGGUUUGCUGGAGAGCCACUAAGCUGGAACAACAUGCCUCAGCUUAUAUAAGUUAUUCUGAAGCUUUUUAACCCCCUCCCCCCAAAUAAAAGAAAAAGAAAAGUUGAACAACCCAGUGGAAAACAUUAAUCCUAAUGCCUUAGAAAGACAGCAGUACUCGAGAUAAACCCGAUUCUCCUGUUGACUUUUUCUUCUGGUUUCUUUUAUGAAAACUUCUAAAGACUUGUACUUUUGUUAACUCUGCCUCUUGACACCUAGAAUCUACUUCUCUGGGUUAUCAGUGGAGUGGUUUUAAUAAUUUGUUAGAAUACAUGGACAUGAUUUAAGAGGUCAGUUGAGAGUUAAAUGUUCAUUAACUUCUGGUAUUAACUAGAGAAGCAAGCAUUAGGCAACAUCCAUCUCUCGAGGUGGUGUCUAAGGUCGUGUUCACACCUAAAGGUCCGUUUCCUAUGUGCCUUUGGGUCAUCAGUAGCUUAUUCAGUGUGUUUGAUUUGGUACAGGACUAUAUCACAGUCCUACAGUAAGGCCACCUGAACAAGCACAGCUGUGCGCUCUGGUCUAAUGUUCAUCUGACAGCUACCACUUUGUGUAGUGUUCAUCAUGUGUACACACUCUUGGACGCUUCGGUAUAAUCAACACUGAUGGACUUGGCUGCCUCCAGUUUGAUUCAAGUUGUACACCUGUCAAAUGGUAACACAGGUGUUCUACGGUGGCUCAGAGAGGACAGGAGGGAUAAGGCUCAUUUUAGCAUAUGUGAAUCCAGACUGUGAAAGCAGGGGCUCACUGGGUUUUAGGGUUUUAACCAUGUCAGUCAAGCAUGUGUACAUGUGUGCUCUUAUUUCAGCCUUGACCCCAUUAUGGAUUUUAGAAGGAGUCUUUUUAUCUGGGAGUUUGGCUCCAGCGUUAUAAACUUGUAUGCUAACCGAAGUGUGGCCUUGAACUGUGUGUGUGUGUGUUUGUGUGCGCGCUUGCCUAUGUGUGUGAAUAGCUGGCAUAUGGGAGCCAUCUUGCCUUGGCGGCAGAGCUAGAGGAAAUUCCAACGUUGUAGAGCUAAGGCCAAGAUACUGCUGCACACACACAGACACACACACACAUACAAACACACAAAAAAAAACUCUAGCACACAGAUUUAUAUAGGGUUGGGUUGCAAGCGGUAAAAACACACAAACGUGUAAAUACUAAAAGUAAUAUAACACUCUGGCAGAUCUCUUUGAUGAUUGAAAAAAAGCUUUUGCAUUUUAAUUUUAUUUUUUAACAUGUUCUAUUUCUGAAUUACUCUCUUUUUUAAUGGUGGAAAUUCUCUCAAAUGCACACUCAGACCUUGGUCUAUGGAUUGGCAGGGUGCUAUCUGGGUAAACACAUGGCAGUCAUUACUCCUGAAUGUGUGUUUAGGCUUGGGGAAAAGUCCAAAUGUAGCCCACUUACUAGACCAGCAACUUGACCCACAGAUAGCACUGGUAUUGCUCAGAUUAUAGGGUUUGUGUGUUUGUCCAGUUCUCCUCCAGUUUUUCAUGGUUGUUGAUCUUGUAUUAAACUGUGUUUAUCCUGGCAGUGUAUUUAUUUAUUUAUCAUGAAUCUAGAAUAAAUCUAGUAUUGAACUAGUAUAUCACCCAAGCACAGAUGUGGUCUUCAGGGACGUGACACAAAGGUGGUCUUUACACGAGUACGAAUUUGUAAGACACUGGUAAAAUAAACUAUCGAUCUGGUGAUAUUGACACACGGAGACGCGUAUUUGUCCAUGACUGCAUCUUUUUUGAAAACGGGUUGAAAUUCCAAAGACAGAUAUUUGGUUCUACUGGGGAUUGAACCCAGGACCUUCUGCGUGUAAAGCAGACGUGAUGACCACUACACUAUAGAACCUGUAAACACGAUGGAGAAUAACAGCUGUAAGAUACUUCAAUGUUAAGAUCUAAAACUGAUCGAAUCAUACAGGAAGGGUCCAUGAAAAUCAAUCUUUCACAUGUGCGUGUAAUCUCCACGCCAUCCCUCAGAAUGUUGAUGCCUCAGUUUGGCCGCUCCAGUCUAAAAGGUCUGGUCUUGGUGGUAUUUGCUUUGACUCCUUCAGUAACAGAAUCCUUGUGCUUCAUCUCCUUUCCUUAUCUUCCUCAGGAGCGUGAUGUCUCAGUUUUUCUUGUUUGUUUGUUUCCCUGUUACACACAAAUGAGCUCAUCUGCAUUCACUGCUCUUCAUUUCAGAUCCUGGCCGAAACCGUUGCCUGCUAAUGGCUUUUCUCUUCCUCUUUGUUUGUCUCUUUCUGCUGUCUCUGCUUUCUGCCUUUUUUCUACUUUGAUUUUAACAGUCAGAACAUAAGCUGUUGCUAGGGUCUCUAAUGAAGCCACCCUGGUCAAUUCUCUGUUACCUUAGACGACACAUUGAAGUAUGUUCAAGACCAACCACAACCUGUUAACUUCCUCUCUAGUCUGGCUCCAGCUGAUCAUCAGUCUGCCAGAUACUGCCGUCUGAUCAACCAUUAGGCGUAAGUGUUUCCCCCCGGCUUGACAGCUCAUCUGAUUAUCACUUAGCGUGAACAACCUCAGCAUGGACACACUGGCUCUGCCGCAAGUCUCUGUAACUAACAAACCUUUAAGAAAAGGUGUUUUUAAACCUCAGAACACGUUUAAAUAUUUGACUAAAUCUCAAGAAUUUGAAGGUCUUGUAAAGUUCUUCUCAUCUUAUCUUUACAAAGCCAUUUCUCAUUUGUGCUAAAUAAUUGUAUUAUACUUUCUCUUUUUAGAAGUGUUGUUGUACACAGAACAUUUCAGGAGGAAGAGCGUUGCAUAUUUAAUCUUAAAAAACUUGUCUCAGAAAUAUUACGAAUAAGAUGCAUUUACUAAAACAAAAAAAAAGAGUUUUAACAUUUUCUGUUUCGUACAUAAUUACAUUAAAGUCACAAUCACAUACAUUUGCAGGGUAAGAUGUACACACACACAAGCGCACACAGGGCCAGGCUCAUACUAAUGAUCUUCACAGUACAACACAAAUACACGCGCACACACACAAAACAAACAUGUCAGUCAGCGGUGUUAUCGCCACAGAAGUUCAAAUGGACGGGCUGCACAGCGGUUGCCGUGGUGACCUCAGUAAACAUUAGCGGCUUUGUUGUGUGCCCCCACCUUCUCGGCGUGACCUCUUCAUGUUGUUGGUUUAGUGCACGUAGGUGUCCGAGUACACACACACAAAUAGAGUAUGGUCUUUAACACACACUUAGUCUUUGCUUGGUUAGGUAACCCCCUGUGUUGUUCUUUUUUUCAGCUUGGAUAGCACAGGUACACACACAGACACACACACACACACACAGAUAUGUAGUCAGAGCGCUAAAUUAAACAUCAGUCUUUGUUAAUCUUUAAUUUAUGACAUAAGCGGUAAUGACUUCAUGAACAGGACAUCCUGUGAUCAUUUAUUGUGUCUCUGUGCUAAAAACAUCGUGUGUGUUUGUGUGUUGAAGUGUGUGUUAAUCUGACUUUCGACAGGUGUGUGUGUGUGUGUGUCUUUAUUAGCCUCCUGUAACUUCCUGCUCCGACUGUCUUGAUGUUGUCUUCAUGUUGUCCAGAAGCUCAGUGCCUUCUGCUUCUUCUCCCAUCCCCCUCCACAUUUUUCUCUUUCUCUGUCUUUCUUCUCCCUCACUGUCUUGCUCUUCUCUUGUAAAGCUGACUGAAUGUGCAGUGGCAUGCCGGAGUGUGAGUGAGUCACCAUGUGGGAUUGUGCUGCCACAGAGAGGACUGGCUGAAAGGGAGUCCUUUUCAGAUUGGAUUACUUAGUCAGUGUGCACACUCUUCAUUUAAUCAUGAAGACUUUUUCAUCACUGUCUUCUGAUCUGCUCAGAAAAAUCUGGCCCUACCGUGUCUGUCUUUCCUCACACUUUCCCUCAGACCUGUGGCUGACUUCUGUCAGGUUACCUUGGCUUUGACCUUUGACCUGAUUAUUGCUGUUGGCUUUGAGGGAGCGCAUUUUCCCCAAAACAUUUCUCUUGUUCUGGAUCUCGGGUGGAUUUGCUUGGGCAACAGGACCAGAUCGUGUUUGGGGUCUUGGCUGUUGUUGAGCUUCUCUUUGCAUGUGGGAAUAGUUUUAUUUUGGGUGCAUCCUAGUGACAAAAACCAUGGCUACACUUUCCUGCCUAUUCUAGUUCUUGCUGGAGGAGUUACAGUAGAAAUGUGGCUGGUUGGUGUGAGUCACAGAGUAGGUCUGCGAUUACACACACACACACAGACACAGACACACACACACCACCUAUAGAAAGAGGGUGUUGAAAUUUGAGAAUCUCCGUUGCUAUUCUGUUUCCAGCAUUUACAAUUUUUCUUAAUUGUGUACGGAGAGAGUCUCGACUUUCUCUAAACUUAAAUGUUAUAAAUGGAUAAUUGUGAAUGUGAUGCUCAAACCAUGAAAGAAUUUUUACAAGACAAGUUUGUGAGUUUGAAGGUUUAUCAUUGAGACAGUUUUAAUAAGUAGGGAGUUGUACUUUGGGUAAUUUGCGUUACCAACACCGGAAUAUGCUUGGCUAAAUGAGAAAUUCUCAUCUGUUGUAUCUGAGACUUCCCACUGAGCAUUUUUUGGUCUGAAAGAGGUCUAAUAGACGUCUUAAUUUAGCCUCAACGAGUGGCCUAAAAUCAGGCUACCACAGGUGCAAAAAUAAAAGCUUUUUAGACGUCGAAAUUUAGGCUAUCAUAAGUACUUGGAGAUCAGUUGUGCGACUCACAGAUGCUUUUUGAAGUAAAUAGUUAUCGAAUAAUGGGUUAAAGUGCAACGUCUAAAUUCUGUCUAAAAAUAUACACGAUCUAGAUGAAAUUAGGUAAAAAAAAAUAAAAUUAGACGUCUAAUAGCCGUCUGUUGCUCAGUUGGUUGCUGUUUUUAAAUGAGCUUUUCUGACAUGAGAAUUCAGUCAAAGUGAAAACUUGAAAAAUACCAACCAUGGGGGCCAUUUUGCAUUUGAUAUUUUUGGUGAUAGGAGGGCUUGCAAGGACAUGAAUUUUCUGUCUACCCCCCAUGCAGGUACUUUUUUACCACAGGGUGUCAUAUUGUGCUUACACUGGAGGAAAAGUCUGUUUUUCCAUUCAGUUUUAAUGGGAUCUCCUUCAGUCGUCAAUUAAAAAAGUUUGUGGUCACACAGGCUUGCAGAGAAGUUGCGACAUAGAUAGGCAGUUAAAUUGACUCAGCUGAACUGCUGUGGGCUCCUUUCUUAAAUUAAAUUAAAAAAAAACAGGAACCAAGAACAGGUUUCUGUUAUUUUUGUUUGUUUGUGACUAAGAUCGUGUCCUUCUACAUUUAAUUUAAAGAUACUGACAGUUGUACCUGUUAUUUGCAUUUAGCCAGAAAGAAAGAUGUCUUGUUGUUUCCCUAGAAUACAUGAAGAUAAGGGACCUUUUCUAAAAUCAGAAAAGAGAGAGAUCAUCUACAGAUAUGCAACCUCAGAUCAAGAUAAAAUACGCCGUUGUUGUGGUUUUCUAACAUGGCUCUCUGCCAGUCAAAGCUCCGAGUUUAUGGGUGGAACCUGAGAUACUCAAUCUAGACACGCCUUUGCAUUUAUUGCACACAUUUACUUGGAACAGAGUCACCUUACAGUUACAGCAAAGCUACUGAAAAAAGCAUCACUCAUGCAAGAGAACAUCUGAGGCUGAAACAUGAGCAGGAACAUGUUGCUUAGUUGCGAAAAGACCGAUUGGCACUUAGCUGUCAGGAAGCGGUAUUGUUCUCAAGCAUCAGGGAGGCAGAAUUAAGGAGCCUAGUGUAAAUAUGUUUGCUGGACUUUGUUACCGCUGGCAUAGAGAUGGAAAACAAAGAGCCUGUGAAGGGAAACACAAGGUAAUAACCUUGAAAGAUGGUGAGGGGGAGGUAGAGACAACAGGGAGGGAGCGAAUAUAAAUGGAUGAAAGCGAAAAAUUACCUGGGAGUGAAUGAAAAUGUUCUGCCAGGCACAUGAAGAUGGAGCCUGUGUUUACUCAGCUCUAGUUACUGGAGGAAAGUCGUAAAAAGAAGAGGGUAAGUCAUUAUAAAAUAUGUCGUGAAUAUGUUUUCUGAACCUUGAACGUCCUGGCAUUAGUGGGUUAUGGAAACUGGAGCCAAGGACAGACUGUGGAGAAAAGGCCGAAAGUCAAAGUGGUGGACAGAAAAACAAGUGAACUGGUGAUUUAUUAUCAGGGGUGAAUUUGCAGAAAGACAUCUAAAUCAUCAUUUCCUUCACUUGUUUUUUCAAACUUUGGGAUUAAGAAAAAAAAAGAAAGCAAGAGAAAUUGAAAAUCUUAUAGCAUGGUUAUAUGACAGCAUGAAACUGCUGACCAACACGUCAUGCUGCUCUUGUGCCCUGAAAAAAACUGUUUAUGUUUGUGCUGCUCCAUAUCUUCAGUCCCACCAGCUGAUGCUACAAGCAGAGUUCUGCAUUUUAGGUCGAUUCUGGGGAGUAGAUUAUACUUGGAAAGUAAUUUUUAAAGUUUCAUUGGACAUUUUAGAUUUGGAUCUUCUCAUCAGAGUCCAUAAAUACUGUUGGGACACGAGUGUUGCCCCUCUUUCAAGCAUGGAGGGUCUGCAGGACAGAAUGUACUUGAUGUAAAAUGGCUGAAAGGAGCCUAAAGGGAGGGGCUGACGGAGAAAGAGGAAUGUGGAUAGUAAGGGAGACAGUAGUGAGUGAGAUUUGAAUUUGCUGUGUGUGCUGUGUGAAGUUACAGUGUUUGAGUGGUGAAUGUAGCACCGACAUGUGACCUGAUAGGACAGAAGAGGAAAUAAAGGUCACCUCUGCUCCCUUAUAAAGUCUCCACAGACUCUAUCUAAGGUCUCUGUAUGGAGAUGUGGUGUUGUUCGACACAUUGGGUGUCUUUGUGUCACCUGCAGUUUCCCCCAUCUGUGUUUUGGCAGGAAUACAUAAACUACGUUUGCUGAAAAAUGAGGUGAUGAAAUCCAUUGUUUAACCUGUGCUCAUGUGCCGCAUGCUCAUUUGGUCGUUAAUUCAUACAAUAUGCUCUGAAAGCAAGGCCAAGGUAAUUUGGAUGAAACUCUGACAAAUGGGAGUGAUGAUUAACCAGUGCGAAAAGUCAAAUGAACAAGUCUGAAAACUAGAGAGAGCACUGAGAGAGAUGGUUUCUACAGAAGACGAGAAAGGCCCUUUUUAUGCAGUGUUAUCUCGUGAUAACGGAGAUCGUUUUCUUGAGAAAAAAAGUAAUUAUGUGUCCGCCACUGUUGCUGUUGUCUGGUACGCGUGUGGCAGUUAAAUUCUCCCCUUAAAAGUGUAACACAUAUGGGGGAACACAGAUGGCCGAGUGGGUUGGCACACCUAUGGGAACCGCGGUCCACAUGGCAGUCGCAGUUUCAAGUCCAGCCCAAACCAUGUGCUGCAUGUCCUCCCCCUUCUCUCUCUAUCUCCCCACAUUUCACCCUGUAUUAUCAAUAAAAGGCAAAGUCGCCCCCAAACAUACUUAAAAAAUAAAGUGUAAUGCACAAAGUGGAGCUUGAUGUCAGUGUUUUCAUUGAAAACCCUGGCUUGCUGUUGACAACGGUGGCAGUGCCGUUUCAGAAAUGUCUCACUCCGGAGGAUGUUUUUCAAAGUCACCGUUUAAGGGCGGUUAAAAUGCCAUUUCCAUUGUCACGAAAAAACAAUCUUUGUUGUCAAGAUAACGUCAUCAUCUCGAGAUGACAGUGCUUAAAAAAGAAAAAGAAAAAUCCAUGGCCGUUCUCGUCUUCUGUCGGUUUCAGAUCAGAUCGCUCAGAGCAUUUAUGAUGAGGCUGGCUGAUGUGCCCCUGAAACUUCUCAAACGAUGCGGCUGUAAGGUUGCAGCCUGGAGCGGCGAGGUUCUGGUGUCACGGCUCCUGUCACAGGUGGCCUGUAUGUUGUUUCUGAGUGCUGUGAAGACUUAAGGAAGCCAGACCGAUGUUUUAGCGCAGUAGUUUUAUUUUCGUAGCUAAAUUGACAAAAUCCGAUCAGAAAACUUUACCUAAUAUUCAUAUUCUCACAGUAAAAAAUCUGGAACUUUUUAUUCUGCUUUUCAUGUGACUCAAUGAAAUGUGAUGUGAAUGAGUGAACGUGACGUUGGUCAGAAGACUUGAGAAAGCUCCAUACAAACAUCUUCUUUUUACCGUUUACCGAUGCGUGAAUAGACUCAUCUUCUGUUUUCAACUUCACAACUUUUUAUGUUUCGAACAGUAUUCUGCAUUAUUUCCCUUUUAAAGGAACGCUGGAUCAGAAUCUCUGUAAAUCUUUGUCUAAAUAUCUCAAACACAUCACCGCUGUUGUUUACACUCAGGGAGCCUUACAGUAUUUGUUUGAGCCAAACAUAACACCCUGUUCUGCUGGGUAAUAGUUGACAGUGUUUACUCUGUGGUUUGAACAGACUGAUGGUCUAUUUGGCAGCUAAAUCUAAGGCUUACAGAGAAGACAGAAAUUUGGGUUUACAGGUAAAAUCUCACCACUGCUGUAGACGCACUAAUAUUCUUCUUUUAUUUGGCAUCUUAAUGGGUCUCUCCUCUUGUUUUCAUGAAAUAAAGAGACUCCAGGACGGUGUUUUCUUCUGAAUUGUCACAGUUCCACAUAAAAUCAAGUCUAGUUUCUUCCUGACAUGUUGUGUUAGAAAUGUUGUGUUUUUCUCAUGAGGGUCAUCCCCCUGUGACCGCUUAAAAAGACAUGAACCAUCAAGAGCAGAAAGGUUGUGCAAAAGUCCGAGCAGGUCUCCCCUACUGAGUCUGUGUUAGUCGGCUUAUAUAUAUGAAAACGAUCAAAGCUCCUCUUCAGCGUUGGAGGUCAACACUCAUCUGAUUCAUGGUCUCUCAAUAUUUCAAACUACAGCAUUGAACAUUGAUAAAAGGGUGUUUCAAACCAUCACUGUGGUUCUUUGCCAGAUCACUCAUCUCACCCUCCUCCUCCUCUUCUUCCUCCUCCUUCUUGUCGUCAUCCUCCAUUCAGCCUGUUGUGCAUCAGACAUCAUGACAUUGAAACUCAGAAUGGCUUUGUACCAACCUCGCAGAGUUACUUGCAUUAGUCAACCUGUAAAGCAUGUCUCACUCUGUGCAAACUUAGUUUUGAAGAGUUGAAAAGGUGAAGGGAAGGACUGGCACUUUGAGAGACAGACAGAUUAUCCAGUCACUCUCUUUUCCCUCUUCCUUACAGAUUUUAGAUGCGACUCUUCACAAACAAGUAUGGUUCACAUUUCACUGUGUGUCUUCCUCAGUCACUGUCCUGCAACUCUCGGCACAAACACAUCCUAUUUGAACAGGAAAUGCAUGACAGUAAGGAAGUAAGACGUUGUUUUUUAUGGGCUUCCUCAAUAUGGAGGUGCAGUUAAGUGUUGAUUUGUUCCUCAUGAUGUUACUUCACAGCCAGCUGUCUGUAUACAGCAGCAGAGAUAAGAGGAGUAGGUUUGGCAUGAGCGGUGUGACUUUGGACUCGAUCACAGUUUUUUACUCUGGAGCACAUCCAUGAAUUCUUCUGGAGUCUCUCUCAUAAACACUCAUGGAUGAGGACAGUGAUGCGUGUGGCUGAAGAUAGAGAUGAGGCCAAAUGCAGUUUAUUUUCUUGCAAAGUGGGGAACACAACCCCAAGGCCAAACACAUCAGCAGUGUGCAUCAAAUCAAGACGAAGUACGUGCAGUACCUUUGGCUGUCUGCGGCUCGAAACGACUCUGUUCACUUUAGCUGCUGUGGGGCUGAAAUCCUCCUCUUCUCUCCCGAAGCAGCUGAGGUAAACACAGCCAGACUUUAGAGCGAGUCCAGUUAGUCAGAAUCAUAAUCUAGUGUUCAAAUCCAUGUGGACAUCAGCAGGAUAAAAGCUAGUUAGCUGACUAAUGGAGGAGGCAGACGAUUACAUUGUGUUCAAGGUCGGGGUGGUAAAAUGAGAAUUCAGUGAGAGUGAAUGAGAAAAAAAAUAAAAUAAAAUCUGUGUAAAUACAAGAGUUUGAAGGAAAACAGUGAGAGAAGAGACCUGAUAGCGAUAUUGAUAAGGUCUCAUAUCAUGUAUUAAUAAAAGUUAAUGACCCCCCUGUCCCUGAUAAUGAAUAACUACACACACACACAUUGAGCCGUCAGGUUAAUUUUUCAUCUUUGAUUCGAUCAGCCUUUGGAUAUAUGACCAGCUGGUGGGAAAAGGAAACAGUGAAAUGGUUAUGUGUGUAUGUGUGCGUCAUUUGCAAAAGGUGAAACACACACACACACACAAAAACAUGAAUAGUGUGUUUGCUUGUCAGUGAUAACUAUGAGUGUAGGUGUCCACAGUGAGGAUAAAGGUGUCAGUAACAUCCCUUCACACCCAUAUCUUAGACUUCUGUAUCUCCAUGUUUGGCUCUAAUUUAUAAAGUCUCACGAUCAGCUGAUUUUCGGUCAGCGCUGUAUAAUGGGUCGUUUCUUCAGCGCUAAUGUGGAACUUAACUUUUGCCUUUCUCAGGGUUUUUAUGAGAAACAGAUUUAGGCGAAACCUAAAUAUACUUCCAAUCCAUUUUUUUUCUCCACUUCAUGGUGAAGAUGUUUUCAAUUAUAAAGAAGACUUUCCCAAGAAGUCCACGAAGAAGAAUCGAAGCUUUCCAACGUCAGAUUUGUAGUUCUGUGGAAAAACAAAAAACAGGCACGGUUGGGUCUGUGAUGUGAAUACCUGCUCCUCGAUACAAAGACGUUUUUAUGUCUAUGUCGUUACCAGGAGAGUGGACCAGCAAAGAGGGGCUGGGGAUAUUAUUCCAAAGCACUCUUGUUUUCAGACUAAUGAUCUUAAACCAACUCAGAAUAAUGACGAUAAUGAUCGAUGAUGAUGAUGAUGACAUUGUUGAAACCUUUCACUUCAUCAUUAAACCUUAUUUCUGUCCCACUCUCUCUCUCUCUCCCUCUUUGUGUCUUUCUAGAUGCCAGGCCUUUUGUCCAGUCCUGUGUGUCUGACAGUCAUCUGGUUUUUAUCUUGGUCACUGCGUCCCAGUUGCGCUCAGAUCCAGUCUGAUGAAGGUAACACAUGCAUGCACACACACAUAAACACACACACACAUGCACACACACAUUCUGUUAAGGAUCAGGCAUGGAUUCUUUUGUGAACUAUUUUGAGUGCACUUGACUUAUCUUGGAUCAAAGUACUUAAAGGACCUGAAACUCCUGCACAGUAACAGAGUGAGGACUCACUUCUAGAGUUUCAAAUACAGCACAGAAAAAAGAUUAAAUCCAAAAUCUCACUCUAUCUAAUGUUUUCUAUUCCACUGCAUUGUUGUUUAUUAUUUUGGUCCUGAGUCUGUGUGUGCGACAUAAGAAUUGUGUUUCCUUCUGGAAAAGCCGUCUGCAAACAAGACUUCUAUUGUUAAGGCGUUUUUUUUUUCGUUGCCUCAAACAGCACUUAAGGGAUCUGUCGAGCAGCGAGAAAUUGAGUCCUUUUUCCCUCUUUUCUUUCGUCUUCGAAAGACUGUUUGUGUUUCUGUCUUAGUCUCCUUUCAGCUCUGUAUCUCUUUAAAAUUAGCUCAAUUAAUCACUCCAAAAAUAAGAAAGCCUGCCCACAGCCCUUCAGGUGAAUCUGUCAGAGUUUGUCUUUAUCACCCCUCCCCCAGUUUUUCUUCUUUUUUUUUCAUUGUUUGGAAAGUACUGAGUUUCAGCCAGCUUGCAGUUUCUGCGUCCACUCUGCCAUCUGAUUUUAAUGUUGAGAGAAACUUGCACCCUCCCUGCAUAUGUGUGCUUGCACAUAUUUGGACUUUAAUGGAAGUUUGUGUCUACAUGUGCAUGGGUGUGAGUGUAUGCACAUGCACAUAUUUUUGAGCCCUCCUGCCAGAGGCAGAAUCAGAUAUGAGUGGAACGCUGCGGGUUUGGGGAAUAAUGUACUUCACUGCCAAUAAAACAUGAAUACACACAUUCAGACCAGCCAACUCUUUGCAAGGCCCCAGGUAACACACACACACACACACUAGAGAGGGGGAGUGUGUGUGUGCGAGUUUAAGUGGAAAAAGAGAUUCUGUAUGAAUCUGUAAUUAACUUUUAUUCUUUGGUAGUCACGUGGAUAUAUGUAGGUUUAAUCUGAACAAAGUGAUAUUUCUAAAAGCAAAAGUCAUUAUCAAGUUGCUCUUUAACUCCUCUACUCCUCAACUUAAUAACACUGUAAAACUUGCUUUAACUCUUUUGUCUCAUUUAAGGAAGAGAAUGUUACAGAUGCAUAUUGCAUUCACCAAAAAAAAAAAAAAAAAAAAGAUGUUUUUCAGAGUUUUGUUUUUCAGACUAAUUGUUUUUCCUAUUCUCUGGGAUCAUGGUCAUCUAAAACAGACACUUUCACCCCCACAUGGCCCACUUGUUUAGUUUAAUCAAGUUUUACUUUCUUUUGGGUUUGAGACACUGGGAGAUACUCCUUUCUUUAAGUCAGUUAGAUUAAAUCAUCAUAAGUUUGUCUACUUUGUGCAGGCACCUCAGGAUUUGAGUACCCUAAGUUUAACUUAAUAACAAGCUUUACUCUCAUUGAGUCAAAGUUAUAUAGGAGCUGGAGAAUCUGCUGAUUUGUACUGGCCACGGUGUUUAAUGUUAUCUGAUUGUACGAGAUUCUCGCGGGAUUUUGAAGUAUCUUGCUUAGUAAGAAAAAAAAUAAAGAAGUCAGAAAAAUAGAAAGACAGAAAAAAAUAGUCAGAAUAACAGAAUAAAAAUUUGUCCGAAAAACAGAAAGAAGAAAAAAAAAAAAUACUCAUAAAAACAGUUUCCUUUUUUUUUUUUUUGUAAGUGAACGCAUUACACUAUCGUAGAAUGUAAAUAGCUAAAUUCCUUUUUUUUUUUUUUUUUUUUUUUUUUUUCAUAUGAGUCAUAUGAUCCCCUAAUACUAGUUGCUGACAGCGACCUACAGUAUCUAUUAGACUGGACAUGAGUUUCAUGGAGCUGUCCAAAAUAGAGAUUUCCCCAAUUAGACUCAGAUGUUCCCAAAGACUUAAUAAUCGAAGAUCGUCUCGCAUGAGUGAAAGUGAAAAUGCUCUUUUUUAUGUGAGCAGCUGGUUUAAGGGGAAACAACGUGUGUGUUCCUCUUGAGCUGGAGUUUUAUAUUACAACCUGCCUUAUCAGCUGUUUCUGACUCUUGUCCUGUGGCACUAUUUAUCUCAUGUCGGCCUUUUAUGAGGUGAUUAAAUGGAUUAUUAAUAGAAGCUGUAUUGACAAGAAAACUAGAUGUAGCCGUGAUAUCUGUAGAUAACAUGGCCCUCUUUAUAUCACACAGCUUCAUUUGAAAAUAUAGCACAGCUGUCUUUGUAACCUAAACGCAUCAACUAUGUCAGUGUAAACACGCUGUUAGAGGGUGAGCUGGCAUCUGUUUGGUUUUUGGAACAUCUCAGUAGAGUUCAUUGUCCUUCUUCCUGUGUACAUUCAUCAAAAAAACAUAAAGCUGUUUCUUUUUCAUUUUGCACGACUAAAACAACAGCAAAUGGACCAGAGACGUGAACAUGAGGUAUCUGUGAAAACCAAGAGUUGAACAGGCCCUCAGGUCUGGUCCUCAAUAGUAGAAGUAUGUGUAAAGUUUGAUUUGGAGUUAAGUCAGUUGGUCCCUGAAGGGCAUAUGAGGUUACAGCUGUACCGAGAAAUAAUAUAAUGAAGCGAAAGAAAUGAUAACACUCACAGACGAACUCCUGUGGUCCUUUCACCUCAGGCUCCAACUGAUGUCAACAACUGAUCACCAGCCUCAUUUUCGACACCUCAAAAGUCUCCAGGAUUGUUAUCGUUUUGUUAAUAUUUUUAUAUAAUUAAGAUGUGUGAAUAAAAAAAACGACACUGGAGGUGAAAAACAGAGAAAUGAACACAAACAAGGCAGAGACUUGGAACGAACUGUCCGUAACCGAGGAGGGGAGGGGAUCCCAGCAGAGAGCGUGCAUGCCUGAGUGAUUGAGGUUGGGAAUUAAUGGAGGUGUAUGCGUGGCACACUGGCAGUCGAAGUGAUGUUUUUCCACUCCACUCCAGAUCUACUAUAAAUGCCAGCUUUUAUACCAGGGAGCCAAGCUAAACACGCACACACAUACACUCACAAACUGGAGAUAGAGUAUCAACUCUGCAAAUUACUACAGUCACCACAAAUAUUUGCCCAGGUAUACACUGCAAUUGGUUUAACCUCAGAUCUGCACAAGUUUUCAGUUUGGUGUGAUGGUAUUUAAUGAUUUAACUGCUUUAUCUCAUGAAUGUGGUUAUUGAUACAAGGUUUUUUUUUUAUAAAGCGCUUAACAAACAAGCAAACAUACUAUAUUUGGUUCGUCAGUGUUUACCUUCUUUUUAAAUGAAAUUGUAUUCAUGAAGUGAUGCAGAUGUGACCGAGUCGGUGUUAUGGUGUGUUUGACCCUAACCUAAAUUUACACUGAAAUAUCCCUUUAAGUUGGCAGGGUCAUACAAACAAAGAGAGUCUAAUUCUAAGUGGUAAUACUCUGAGUUUAAGAGAUACUCUUCCCUCAGUCGACUCGGAGAAGUAGCCCCGUUUUCAAAGUGAUUCCAUAUACGGUCCUUCUAAUGCCUGAAUAUUGAUUUUCCUGUAACACUGAGUGCCGAUCAAGGUAAACUGUUUCUGUCUGUGUAUUUUCUUUAGUCCUCAGUGUUUUAAAAUCCAAAGCAGGCCGGUUACUUGUUUAGUUUGGGUCUUUGUGUGAAGAAGACGUUGUUUAAUCUGCUGCAGGGACUGAAUCAAUCUCCUGGACCGGAAAAUUAAUACAGUGAACCGAAAGCAGGUCAGAGUGACAUGAAUCAACUCAUAUUAGGGUUGAUUCUGACUGGGAACAGUUAUACUUGAAAUGUUCAUAUUAAAAAGGUUGUUCAGAUUUAUCUAUCCUCUAAAACUGAUAUUACAAUUCUUCUGUUGGUUUAUAAAGCUCCUCACAGUCUCGCUUCAGUCAGUCGACAGAUUUGCUGUGAGAGCCCACAUGACUUUACAUACUGGUCUUUUCAGUUUUGCUCAAAGUCCAAACCAAAACCAUGUUUGAGCAGCUUUUUGUUCCUGUGGUCAAUAUUUAUGGACGAGGCUACAUGAAGACCUGAGGACCAUGAGAGUACCAACUUUUUUAAAUGGUUUAUAGUGGUCAGGAAAUGCUGGAUUUCUCUCUCCUGAUGGGAAAUUAGUCUUUAUCCGAAAGAAUGAGUCUGCAGAUCCAAGUGAGAGCUGAGAGGAGGGCUGUUGCUUCUCAAUAUGGAAAUGAGACAAUUAAGGUGGUCUAAGCGGUUUUAUGAGUGGAUCCUGGUCGCCUCUGUUUGGGGUUUUCUGGGCAUGUCCAGAGGCUCAGGGGUAGACCUGGCGCUGGCUGGAGGAAUUAUAUCUCCCAUCUCAGGAGGAGCUGGGGAGAGGGAUGUCAGGGUCAACCGCUGAAGAUGUUUAGACGGGUGUUAUCCAGGAAAUUUACGUAUUUAUUUUAAGAUUUAUCUCUCAGUGUUGUUUCAUCUUAAUUUUGUGUUCUAACAUCUCACCAGUGUUGUCUCAGUUUUUCAGUCUUCUCUCAAUCUCAAGUCCUUUGUUGUAUUUCUUUGUCCUCUGUGAUUUGACAUGUUGUUUGCUCAUUUUUAACCUCAUGUAUGUAUCAGGAUUUUGACGAUUUUGCUGAUGUUCUGCUUUUGUAAAGGACUCUGUGUAUGAAAAGUAGUUUACAAAUGGGUCUGAUUGAUUGAUGUUGUUUGGAUGAGAAAUUAAAGAAUACUUUUGAUAAGGGUUUGAGUCAAGUCUUCUCUGAUGUAAGAUCUGGAUGUUUUUAAUAUUUUUAUCUGUAGAUCACAGCGCUGAUACAGAACAAACUUUUAGAGAAAUAAAACAAACGGGUUUGGUUGUGUUUGGCCGAGUGUCUGCAGGGCCUGCAGCCUUAUAAAGUCAUGUUAUUGUAAUGCUGCUGACUACUGUGAAAGAGGUCGCCUAAAUCAUGUUAAUACAGACAAUGCAGACGUACGGUAUGUUGGGCUCUGAAGUGUGCAGAUCCAUAAAGGCUGAGAAAGACAGACUUUAAUGCUUUAUUUGAUUUCUGCUUUCAGUGUUGGAUAUACAGUACGGGCACUUGGAGUCCAAUGUGACACUGGCAUGUGGGCAGUCACAAAUCAGGUAAGGGAUGAAACUGAUCGCAUGUGUAUAGCUUGUAGUUUUGGGUGUGUGUCUGUUAUAUUGAUCUCACACCAAGUUUGAUUGAGGAAGUAAAAGAGUCAAAGAAACAACAUGUGGUUGUCAAAGUAUAUCUGAUAAAGUUCUCAUAGUAUGAUGUGGUCAUGUUUCAAAUUUGAGGGAAGUUCUCACAAGCUUAACAACUCACCUCUGAAUCUUCCCCGUCCAGGACAACCGUGGUGUGGCGUCACAAUCAGAGUUCGGUGUUACCAUGGCACACGGUGACAUCAGAUGGAAGAUUAGUCCUUCUUCACGUCGACCACUCAGCACAGGGUCACUACAGCUGCUAUGACGACAGAGGGCUCCUCCUCCACUCCAUCAGCCUCAGGCUGGGAUGUAAGUGUUGUUGUGGCCUGUCCAAACUUACCAUGCCUAAUUGAAGAUUGAUUAAACUCUAACAGCUGUACUAAACUGAAGGCCUCUUCUCCUGGGACAUCAGCUUAAAAGCUUUCAGCAGCCUGUGUGUCCCUUGUGUUUUUGCCCUUCCAGAGUUAAGGGUUAUGGUUAAGAGACAUCCUUUCCCCUUUCACUUCAACCUUUGGGAAAUUUAUCACAGAAGCAGAAAAUAGCCUCUGCUCUCCCACUCAGACAUUUCCCCCUCUCCCUCGAGUUUGCCUCUAAAUGUGUUUCUCUUUCUUGUUUUCUGCCUCUCAUUUUUAACGUGACUCUCUGGAUAUCUCAAGUCUUUUUACGACGGAGGUGAUCAGAAUAGGGUUACUGGUCCUGAGCGGAAACGGGUCUUAUCAGCCAUGACAUUCACAAAGCCUUCUACUUCCUGUACAUGUCUCAAACAGGAAACGUCUCCCUAAGUGAGCUUCCUUUCUCGGGAUGGGGAGUUUUCCAUGGUAGUGAUCAAACUCCCCUUGUCAUACUUUCUCAUGUUAGCCACACCUGGACCCUGAGCGGUCCCUUUUACACUUUUUUAGAGGGCAAGACUGAAUGAAAUCUAAAUAAUAAAUAAAAGUUAAAAAAUAAAUAAAAUAAAAAAGCCCCUCCCUCUGUCAUAACGUGCUCUCUCUAAUGUGUGUUUCCCAGACCCCCCUGGGCUGCUGAGUGUUUCCUGUCAAGUGCCUAAUCACACACUUGUUCGCUGCUCUUGGGAAGAAUCGGUGAGGACAUUUCUGCCGGCCCAGUACGACGUCUCCUACAGGUGGGAAUGACGAACUACAGGCUACAUCCAGAAUAAGGAAACAAAGAUCUAAAUUUAGAACGUUUGCCGCAGGGUAUUCUAGGUUUUUUGUGAGACUGUAUCCAAGCAGAAACCCAGUCUGUCCUUCCCUGCUCACUCUCCUCCUUUAUUUCACACUUUGUGAAAAGUUUUUGUAACAAAAGUUCAACUUUUUGUUUCAUUUAAACUUUGAUAAAUCCUUGAAGUGUAGUGUUUCUGAACAGGGUUAGCGGAGCGCAACACUUUAUCAUGCUCUGUGUUAUCUUUCCAGGGGAAAUGGUCAUGAGUGGAGGCCGUGUGUUGUGGAUGUCGCCCGUCGGCGCUGUGAUAUAGAUCACCCAUCCUUCUGGCAGACCAUCCAUACCAUGAGAGUGACGGAGACUAACGCUCUGGGAUCUGAGACGACAUAUGUCCGCUUCAAGCUACAUGAGCUCUGUAAGAUCACACAUGAGAAAUUUAAUUUAUUAUCUGAAGAGCAACUUUCUGUGAGAACUGCACAGCAAUGAAGCAAACUUGUGACAUUUAUUCCUCCAAAGGUUGAUGAUUGUCACUUUUUCUUGUCUUUUUUUCUUUUUUCUUUAACUAGAUAUAUAUUCACACACCUCCUUCUUUAAAUGUCAAACACACUCAGACACUCAAACAUGGAGACAAAGAUAAAUAUAAGUAAUAAAGAUGCAGAGAUACUUUCCUGCACACACACACACAGACACACAGACCCAUACAUGCAUGCACACACUGACACAAAACGCAAAAUGAUCUUGUUUUGCUGCUCCUCUGUCUGCGUGACGUUCUUGUCACUCUGGUUCAAAGUCAUCCGCAGCAUCCUUGAGAGAGUCUGUAUUGACUUCUGUGCCCAUCGGAUUGUUUCUCUCUUUUAUUCUCAGCCUCUGUGCACCUUUGUCACAGUUUGAAAAGGAUGUAAAAGCAAAUAAAAAGACGUUUGAGUCAGAGAGAGAGAAAAUCAGAGAAUCAAUGGACCGCUCUAUUAAAAAGAAGGUGAUGUAGUCGAAGGAAAAACACAUUUUGUGGUUUGAUGUAAGGGUGAAAUUCUUGAGGCUGGACUCGGUCAUUAAACAAAUAAAAAGCAGCAGAAACUAAAUAAAUUAUGAUCCUUCCAGCCGUAAAACCUUCAGUUACACUUGAAUCGAGUCUGUUUAGACUAACUCUGCCCUCUUUUUAUGAAGUUUUGUCAUACUAGCUGAGAAGUAAGUAUUACAGGCUGAGUAACUGUUUCUCUUUUGCAGUGAAACCAGAUCCUCCAGAGUCGGUGUUGGUGAAGGAGUUACAAGGCUAUCCAAGGAGGCUGGUGGUCUCAUGGAGCUUUCCCUCUUCCUGGCCGCAGCAUGAUGCUUUCCCCCUUCUGUUUCAUAUCAGAUACAAGCCGCAGGGCUCCAUGUACUGGUCUGAGGUUAGUAAGUCUGAUUUGAUAUGUCAGCUUCAUAAACUGACUACACCUUUGGUUUAAAAGAAGAUUAUUCUGAAGUAUUAAAAUGUAAGAGAAAAGACUCAGCCACUGCAACAAGUAAAACCUGUAAAUUCGAGCUGUCUGACAAAAGACGAUGAAGACAUGUCUGAAAAAAUGUGAUUUCAGUCCUUCAGUUUGGCUCAGGUGACACCUGAAGGCCCAAAACUCAAAUAUAUUGACACAGCUGCUCCUCAGGGGUAUUUCUUUGUUGGUAGUUUCAUGUGAUGCCAUCAUUACAGUAUUGUGUUUUAUUCCUUUUCCAGACCACCUUCUUAUAAUAAUGAUGAUUUCCCAUUACUCAGAUUUUCUCUAAAGAAAGUCCCGCUGUGAUAUUCGACGCUCUUGCCGGCCACUUCCAUCAUAUCCAAAUUCGAGCCCGCGAUGAUGUGAAUUCUGACAGCCAGUGGAGCGAAUGGACUUUAUCGUCUCCUGCCAAACCCUGGGAAGGUCAGAGAAAACACUCUCAAAAUAUUUAUUGGCAGAUUUUUAGAGAAGUCCAGAAAUAAACCAACAAAAUUAAUUGAAAUCUAAAAGUGUUAAAAAGAUCUGCCGACUUAGACUGUUGCAUCUGUGCAUGUUCAAAUGAAGAAUUUGUGAGAAAUAACAAUAAAAAUUCACUUUCUGUGUGACGACCAUGAAAGUAAAUAUUUGAAGUGGCAGUAAAACUGAGGAGGAACUAGUCUGAGAUCGUCUGAAGCCAGAAUGGUGAACUUGGUUAAAGCAGCUUAUAUUUGAGUCUAAUCCUGAUCACUUAUUAGAGUGUGUGCCUGACAUCUGUCUGUGUUUCUGUUCUCCGACAGUCUUCACCACCCCUGAACCUGAAGAGGAGGAAUUUUUUACAGACGAUGUCGUCGUUUCCAUCACAAAACCUGAAACCUCGACUGCAAAGACAUACAGUAAGACUCCCAACAGAGCAAAGUUACUGUCCAUGUUAUUGUUAUUUUCUUGAACAGCUCAAGUAUUUCUGCUGCUUCCUCCGCUCUAGCUGCUCCUGCAAGUUGUUGAAGCUGCUUCUACUGCGAUGACACUGUUAAGCACAAAUGAACAACUGCUUAUAGUAGGGGUGGGAAUCACAAGUGGCCCCAUAAUAUGAUAUUAUCACGAUAGUUGGGCCACGAUACAAUAUUAUUGCGAUUUUUAACAUUUUGCAAUACAGUGCAGGGCUCGACAGUGCAACCGUUUCACUCACAUUUGAGACUAAAAAUCAAUGUGUGCGAAUUGUUAAAUGUAUUUAGGGGCACAUGUGCGCAUAAAAAAUAAUUAGCCGAGGGAACAAAUGUUUUUGUAUAUGUUGGAUUUCCGACGGACAUUUACUGCGGAUCUACUGGUGUCUUCUCACUCUCCAUGACCAGGAAUAACAACAGCAGCGAGGUUAAAUCUACUCGACACCCUCGCUGUCAACGUCAGGUGUUGAAUAAGGGACCAUCAAUAAAUUACCGGUUGAUGUUCUCAAAAAUGUCAUGUCAUGUGACCAAAAGACCUAAAAUUGAUUUCAAAUAAAAUACGUAUAUUGACCAAUAAGACAAACAUUAUUUAAUCAAUUUUCAUUGUGCCCCUAAAGUUCUUUGUGUGCUCCUAACUUUUUCAACUUAGGAGCACAUGUGAAAAAAGUUAGUGUCAAGCCCUGCAGUGAGUAUUGUGAUACGAUAUGUUGUGAUUUAUACAUUUUUUUAAACUGUUUAGCUAAUUUAGCAUUUGUCUUUCCUUUAUGUUUGUCUUAUUUACACAAACCUUAUAUAUAUAUUUUUGUUGCACUAACUUUCUCCUGCUUUAUAAUAUCGCCUCUGCCAACCUCACUAGAAAAACAGUUGAUCUUAUUUUUCCAUUAUCAUAGAUUUGACUUCAUAUUAACAAUUAAUCUGAAAAAAUUGAUACGUAUUUAUAAUCGAUUUUUUUCUCCCACCCCUUGCUUAUAAACCUAUGUAGCUCAAAUAAUACAUCCCAUUCAUGUUCCUCUGGAAACAUAAAAUCACACUCGAAGGGUUUAAUAUUUAUGCAGUGUGUGGAGGGAAAGUUGGAUCGAUAUAAUCCCAUAAAUUCACAUUGAAAACAGGAAAAAUAGAACUAGGACAAGCAUUUUAACAUUCGCACACACCCAUUUACAGAGCCUGUGUUUAUUUUGUAAUGGAGUUGAGGCUUAAAAUGACUUCGACCAACACUGUCAGAUGGUCUGCUGUGAACCAGAUGUCUUUUACACACUGUGAGAGAGCAUCUGUGUGUAUGUGUCAUUUGCAGAUGUGUUGCUAAAUCAUUUGGAUACUACGUUUUUUUUCUCAUAUUUUUAUUGUUAAUGUGUACAACUGUGCUUUCAUGCUCCUCUGUUCAUAGUUUCUGCUCUCUGUUAGUGCGAGGUUGUUUGUUCCUCUCGGUAUGAUAAAUGCAUGUUUGUGUGACGGCUUCAAUGGCAGAUACAAAAUUAACUUCCCACCAGAGAGUAAUUAAACAGAGAACACACACAUUUCUGCUCAGACACACAAAUACCAAAGAUGAAAUGAGUUUGAGAAACAUAUUUUCACAGUUUUUUUGUGUUUCAGCAAAAACAACCCAGAAGGGUCUCGAUUGUGUAACUGCUUCUUCUCUCUUGUCCCUCUUUUGGUAACAUUUGUUUUUCGUUUAGCAUCGUAUUUAUUUUUCAAACUUUAACAUGCCCUCUCUCCUCUGUUCUUCCUCUUUCUUUCUCCCAUCAUGCUGGUUUUGUUGACCACCCCUGUUGUUUUCUUCCUCUUUUUUCCACAAUCAGAUCCUGAAUUUGAGGAUGAAGGUAAUUUGGGUUUGGUGAUUCUGCUGGUUUUGUUCUCCGUGGUCAUCCUCACCACCGUCCUUUCCCUCAUCUUUGUCGUGUGGUAAGACAGACUCAUGCACACACAUCCCUUGGCCACAGCUGUGUGUAAUGCCUCUCUCCAUCGCUCCUUUGUUUAAUGUUUCUUGACCUGGUAUUUCAGGAUUUUUCUGAGCUUAUUUAUUGAUGUGUACUUCCAGGGUGAGGCAAAGGCGGCGCGAUCAUGUGACCAAACAGGAACUUACCUCAAUGGUCAAAAUGAAGUCCAUGCCAAUCUAAUGUGAGUAACACACACACACCUUAAGUUUUUGUGUCCUACUGAUGAGUCGAGAUCUUCUUGUUUUCCACACAUGGUUGUUUGUGUUCUUAGUUCAGAGUAUUUGGCAGUUGUAGACCUCUGGACCUCAAACAGCCUUUGUUGGGGAGCCAAUUAAAAUUCUAAUUAGGUGUCACUUAAUUUAGAUUUACGGGAUGACCACAAAAGCCUUCAAAUGAGGGUCAAGUCAGCAAGAAGAAGAAGAAAAGCUCGGCUUUAGUUAGAGCUAAAAUGGUUCAAAGCGAACCAUAAACAACGUCAGGACAAGCCUUCAGAUAGUCAGCCAAAGCUGUGAUUAUAAAACGCACACACACAUGCACAGAUACACACACACACAGAGACACGCAGAUUAUAAUUUAGUUAGUGUACUCAUAUAUCUGUCAUCCUACUCUGGUAUUUAAAUCAGUGCUUUUAUGGCAGUGCUUGAUUAUGAUGAUUUAUACAUGCUUUUCAAAGCUCUGUCUCAAUCGUCUUCACGUCUCUCUAACUUAAGAAUAAGAAGAACUUUAUCUAUCCCAGAAGAGAAAUUUAAUUAUAUAACAAUAAUAAUGAUAUUCAGCUUAUUGUAUUUGUUUUUUUCUUUCUCUUUCUGUAGGUUAACUUCUUCUCGUCAGCCUGUUGUAGGGCCCAAGUCAUUCUCUGAAUCCACUUCUGUAGCAAACAGGCCGUCCAGAUUUAACUGAAUCAACCCAAACCAUCACCAUGAGUCCAUCCAGGAUCAGUGACAGCAGGGAGGCCGCCUGGAGUUGGGAUGAGUAUCCCAGUUCCUCAAAGCUGACUGAAGGGUAUAUUUUACCAGAUUUCACAGACAUUUCACUUUCAUACCCCUCAGCCGACUCCUCAAACUGUGCUCCGGGCUGGAAAAGAGAAAUCCACUUCAACAAAUUCAGAGCAGCUCACUUCUCACAGGAUAGUGUGGAGCGACGCUGCAUCAGGACAUUUAAGUUCACUCACAUCUAAUGCUGCUCCAGUCAGAUGGACUCUUCUUUGGAAAAAAAAAGAGGACAUGUUUCUUUAUUUUUCUACUUUUGAACUUGUAAGCAUCAAGGAAGUAUAAGAAGUGCAGCUGCCAAACAGACGAACAGAGGCUUUUCUUUGGUGUAAAGGGGAAGAUUCUUUUCUUGGACUACUUGUUUCUCCUCUUCUCCCAAACACAAGUUCUUUAGUUUGUUGAGAUUUGUUGUGAGAAGUAACAAUCAUUAUUACAUCAACUGAGCGACUGACUCAAUGCUGUGAAGGAAACAUAACUUCUGCCAUUGUCUCUGUGUGUGUGUGUUUGAUGCCAAAGCAGCAACUAUGGGCAUUAUAGUCUCAGCUGAGGGGCAGGAGAAAACCUGUUCUGGGUGGGGACUGGAAAAGUCCGGGGUGGGCAGUUAAGGUUAUAUGGACUAAAUUUCAUUGUCAAGUCAUUUUUUUUGUUGCAUGAUUUUCUUGUUUUGUUUUGUUGUGGCUUCUUUAGUACAGGUGUACUUUUGUGUUUCUUUUUAUACCUCUCGAUAAACAUCCAGUCACUGAUCCAGAAUCAGGCCUCAUAUCAACCACCAGCAUUUUCACAUCACAUAAAGCCCUGUGGGGAGCUUUUGAUUGGUUGUGGGAAGGAUUAAAAAUGAAAGGGAUUCCUCUGUCUGACCUAACAAACUAAACAAGACCCACAAGUCCAAAAGUUUCUAUAUUGUUACUGUUGGGCCUAAAACUACUGCAAGAGGACAGGUGUCAGACCAGAGGACCGACCACACGCAAGCGACAGGAAAUAUUCACCUCUUAUUUAUCAAGAAACGACAAAUAGGACGUUUUGUCUGAAAAAAUAGCUUCACCCCCCACCCUCUUUUAAAGCCGACGAAGACCAGCAGGUCGAAACAUGGUCACCUUAAAAAAAAAAACUUACAGCUCAGGUGUCAAACUCAAGGCCCGGGGGCCAAAUCUGGCCUGUGGAACAAUUAUAUUUGGCCCAUGAGAUCAUCUCAUAUUUGAUGAUAAUGUAAACUUAAGCACCAUUAUGUAAAAUAUCCUCAAUAAACAAUGAAAAUCUGGGAAAGUAAAGAGUAAGGAAGAUUUGAUAAAUACUCUAGAAUGUGGGAAAAUUGUGUUUUAUCCAUAUUUCCAAUUUAGCAUCUCAAGAUUACAAGUUAAACAUGAUUUGACUUUUUAUUUUGUGCUUCGAUUUUUCCAACUCAGUAUUCAAAUUUAUGUCAUUUUAAUCCUUUAGAUUCCAAUUUAAAGUUUUAAGUCAUAUUUUGACAUUUCAAAUUUAUGAUUUCAACUUUCUCAUGUUUUUGCUCUUUAAAAGCAUUUUUUUUUUUUUUUACUUUUUGAAUUCCCAAGUGGUUUAUAAUCAUCGCUGAUUUUAUUAUAUAUUUUGAAAAGGAGGCUGACAGUUUAGGUUAAAUGUUGACCCUGUUUGGCCCUCAGGUUAGACUUCAAUCCAGAUUAUGGCCCUCGCUGUGGUUGAGUUUGACACCCCUGCCUUACAGCAUUAUCUAAGUGUGCCUACCUGCCUGUAUGGAGGGUAAUAUUAGCUAACUGAUGAAAUGUACAUCUUUGACCACAGGGGGCAGCAAAAUUGACACCCCCAAAAGUUCCUCACAGCGUCUUUAAUUCGCAGACAAAGUUGAAUCAUUAAUGCUCUGACUGAUUCUGAUUUGAUAAAACAAUUAGUCGACUUACACGUAAACCCUCUAUCAGCACUAACCUUUUACAGUCAACCAGACUCGUAUCAUGCUAAUGUAUCGUAUGGGUUCAGAGGUCGAUCUUCUAGAUUCAUCUCUGUCACAGUGUCACAAAUUAAUGUUUGUGUCCAAAUUACAUUUUCAAUAGCAGUGUGGUUUAAAGCAUUGUAAGCAGUUUUCUUUCACCUUAAACCUGCACAGAGGACGGUGCUAACAAAUAAAAAGCCUAAAUAUCUUGAGUAAACAUUACUCUGGUUGAGUUUAGCUUUUUAUAACUUGGAUCCUGGCAAACCAUGCAGUCAAGAAAACCGCUGAGGUGCAGCACUUGUCAGAUAAAAACACAUUUCUCGUCCUUCUUAAAUUCUUUCUGUGGCGUUUGUUGAUCCAAAGCUGUAUGUCCACUGAUUUAAUGAUGGACUGAUGUUUGUGUCAGAAACACGGGGAACACCUGAGUCCCAAUUCUGCCAAUUUGACCGCUGGAUGUUCUUUUGAGCUCGCUCCACAUAUUAUGCAUGGAUCCAGUUGAAGCUUUUGUGUAUAUUAUUGUAUAUCACACCUUCAAAAGAUACACUUCAUGUUCAUUAUUGUAUUUGAUGUUUAUAUGUAGAGACAAAAUAUAAUAGAUAGAAGAAUAUAUGAAUCUAUAUGAACAUAUGUACACACCUCCAUAUACAGAUAUAUGUGUUUGUGUGUGUGAGUGUGUGUAUGUAUAUAAAAUUUGGAAUGAAUCUUACAGACAUGGAUUAAUUCUGCCUUUAAGGGGAGGUGGGGAGGGUAUCAUGCUUUUCCGCAUUUACAAUAUUUGUAAAGUUUUAAAUCAGGAGGUAAAUGUAUGUUGUUGAAAUCCUGCUCAAAACAGUUCGUAUGGAGAUCUAAUGAUAUCUCAAUGAGACUCACUGACUAAUAAUGUCUCUGCAAUAGGCAUUGUUCUCUGUCCUCGGUUGGCCUCUGCAAGGAGAGGCGGCCAAUCAGAAGAGAGUAGGCCUGUGGGUGGGGAGAGAGCAGCUAAAUCAAAGCGUUUCAGACGGAGGCUGAAACAAUGAUAUUUUAAAGCACCACUGUGAGAAACAGGAAAUAAAGUUAAGAUAUUAAAGGUAUCAGAGAGGAAGUAUAGAGUCUGAAAAAAGCAUGAUACCCCCUCUUCGAAUGGAAAUGGACUAAAUCGGUUAACAGCCUACCCCCUUGUCUUUUUAAAUUAUUAUUAUUGUUUCGGGUGCCAGUUAAGCUCAGUUUACGGCUCUGCAUACACCCGUAAACCUCAUUGCACUUAUUUCAUGUCACAAGUCCCGCCUCUCUCCAGCUAUCCUAGGCUACAUUCACACUGCAGGUUAUGAUGUACAAUUCAGAUUUUUUGUUAAAUCUGAUUUUUUUGUGCAGCCUGAGCGUCCACACUGCAGUCACAUCAGAUACAUAUCCAAUUUAUAUCCACAUACAAAAGAGGCCUGGGUCGGAUUAGAAAAAAUCAGAAUUGCACUGUUCACAAUCACAUGAAAAAAUCAGAUAUGUGUCACAAAUGGUUAAAAAAUGUGAAUUGACCUGCAGUGUGAACGUAGCCUUAUUGUAAUGAAGCUAAACUGCCUUUAAAGUAAUCAAAAUAAAACACACCUUUCACACUGACCUGUACUGAGAGAAAAGAGUCAAACGGACUGAUAGGAACCACAGGAUAAUCCAUGUCUGCAGAAUCUUCCCAUCACUGUGUAUGUGUGUUAUUCUACCCAGUUAUAUGAAGCUGUGUUACUGUAUGAUUACUGUAUGGACCUUGUGUUAACUGACGUCAUCUACAUCCAACUUGCUUUUCUUGAUCAUGUUUUCUUGCAGUCAGUAGGAUGACAUGAGCUCAUUUUUCAGCUCCACUUCAGAUUCACUCGCCCUGUAUUAUACAGUAUGUGGCAGGAGUUGAUCUUUCACAUCCUGUUUAUAUGAAAGAAAAAUCUUUUUUUUUUUUUACCUUGUAUGGACAGGCCAGGAAUAAAUGAAUGUAAGCAUGUUUUUUUUUUAUCAAUACCUCCAGAUAUUAAGUUGCUGAUCAGUGUCGCCUGAUUUCUCCCAAAUCCUGGAUAUUGAUAAAUUAGUUUGCAUUAUAAGCUUAUAUAAGUUGGUGUUUGAUUUCAUCAAGAAAACAAACCUGUUACCUUUUCUUUCUUUAUUAGAUCCUGUAGACAAAUAACUUCAGUCAUUUUAACACUACAGCUGAUUCUUUUUUCCAAACUUUAAAACACGUUUAAGUCAAAAAUAAACUCUAAUGAAAAUGGUUUUAUCAUUAAAUUCACACUAACUGUAUAAACAGUCAUACAGAUUAAUCUUUUGUUUUUAUAUCCUGCCCAGUCUGUAUUAAAGAUUGCAUGAUUAUCUAUUUCCUCCUUCAUGUUUAACUUCACGUGUUUUUCCUCUUUUUCUUGACACUUCAGUGUUAUUUUCCAUCUUUCUACGUCCCUCUGCAGUGUGAUAGCAGAUGGAGCCUGUUGGUUAUGAUUUCAAUUACACUCAGGCAUCCGAUCUCAGAUGUACAUAGUCUUUCUUUUAUUGUGUUGUUGCUGUAUUUGUACCACAGAUAUCACCAUAAGCUGUUUUUGUUUUCUUUCUUUACUAGUGUCUGUGAAAUAAAUACUAUUUUAUCACACCAGCUGCCUCUGCCGUGUUUGUCUCUGAUAUCAGCGAAUGAGAAAUUCUGCUGAUGUUCAGACAUUUUAAAACAAUAGGAGGGAAUCUUCAACUUCAGCUCGGAAAAAGUGGGUCAUACAGUUUCAAAGACAUCUUGUAAGUGACAGAGAGCCUGAUACUGUGUUAGAGCGGAGUUUACUUAACAGUCUGGGUUUGCUUGCUGAACUGGAUUCACAGUUUUUUAACUUUUCUUCUUCUCUCGUGUUUGUGUGGUUGUUGAGAUUAGGGAUGGGGCCGAUGCGAUACCAAUGUAAUUCAUGGAUCAGAAAUUUUCGAUCCAUAAGUCAUAUCGGUAACGCUUUCUUUUAAGGUACACUUAUUAACAUGUAAUUAACAGGUAAUUACCUAGUAACAACAUUAAAUUAUCUGGUAAUUACAUGAUAACUACUAAGUCAAUACUGUCUAUCUACCUGUAGGUAACCUUCCAUCAUCAGACAAAUUUGAAGCCGAAUUGCUCUGGUAUUUCCAGGAUUUUCUCCGCUUCCUGGAACCACCACUUGCGCAGUAGCAUUGUACGCAUUUGACUUAGUAGUUAUCAUGUAUUUACCAGAUAAUUGAAUGUUGUUACUAGGUAAUUACCUGUUAAUUACCUGGUAAUAAGUGUACCAUAAAAGAAAGAGUUACCAUCAUAUCUUUGCUUUAACUUUAUCUGCUGAGAUAACUGGACGUGAUUCUUGUCGAUCAGUCUGUUAGCUGGCUGCAAACUGCGGAAUGGAUUUCCUGAACUGAGGUGUUUCUCAAUGAGACACACCUCAGUUCAGGAAAUCAUACGUACAUAUACUUGCCCGUAGAGAGGAGUUUAUUACAGCCUCAUAUAUAAUAAACAAUAAAGAUAAUAAUGAUGGUAAAGCUAACAGAGCUCUGGUAUGGGAAUAGUAUCGGUAUCAGCAGAUAUCCAAAUUCAGGAAUCGAGAUCAGAUCGGAUGUGAAAAAAUGUUGAUCGUGCAUCUCUAGCUAAAACUCGAUGUUUUCAUGUCACUCAGGUUAGCUUUAAUGGUUCCUUUCUUCCUUUCUCCAUUACCAAACGCAGCUCUGCAGAACAGUUUAGAUUACAUAUAAGGCGCAUUGAGAGGAGUCAAAAAUCUGGACAGAAAUAAGAACAAAGCAAUAUCGGGCAAAAUACACUCUAUACAACGAUAUAAUAAAUAUACACAACAUCUGAGAAAAUGCUAUACCACACCUUAGCAAAUAUUAGGCCAAGUGAUGCUCCAAAAACAUAUAGAGGAUAUAUUUUAUUAAGAUAAAAAGAACACUACAACAAAUCUAUUAUAUUACUAUCUACAGCUUCUUACAGUUGAAAUAAACAUAAAAUAAACAUUUUUCACAAACAAAAUAAAAAACUCAAAAUGUGCAAAAUUCAAAGAAACAUUGCAUAAAUGAAGGUCACAUUGUAUAUAUAAGCAGCAGUAAAAGAAACAUAUUUCUUAAUAUGACAACAAUGAUAAUGGGACAGUAGACACUUUAUAAGCGUUUCAUAAAUAAAUAAAUAAUAAUCAUAAUUCCAGUGCGACAGGUGAGUCUUUUCAAUCCGUUCUGUGUGGCCUCAAAAACAUAAAAAGACUGUUUCAGUGAUAAACACACAAAAAGAUGAUUUAACCCUAAACCUGAACUCCCUUAAAUGAUGUUAAAUACAUGAAAAUAAAACCGUUCUGUACCUGGAAUCUCCUCCUCAUAAAACACUGUGUACAAUCGUCUUUAGGGCCUAAUUAGAACCAGUCUUUGUGAAUCCCUGCGGGGAACUACAGCUCCCUGGUGGACAACUAACAACAUUACAACCUUCAUCUUUUUUUUUUUGUGAGUCCCAACAUCCCUUUAAGACUAAAAGCAGAACAAUUACAUUCAAAAACACACACUCCUAAAACAUUAAUCUACCACCACUGUCACAACAUGAGGAACGGAUGUGUAUUUUCUGUCUACAGUGACGCAUCCUCUCAACUACGUCUAAAUGUUCUCUGAAUGAUAAAUAACUAAAAACGAAUAAUCCGUGAUCACUUUCUUCACCAACAACUCACCAUCAAAUCUCAGCAUAUAAACUGGACUGUUGACAUUAAUUUACAGGAGGAUAACGAGUUAAUGCAGCAAUUACAAUUGUUACCUUAUACUCUUGUAGAUAUCCACAAUAUGAUUUAAAAAAAAAAGCUGACAAUGACACUAAUUAACAGUUUUCUGAAAAUAAAUAUCCCUUAUCUUUCUCAUGACUGGUGUACGGUAUGGAAGUCACUUGAGCCUUGACUGAUACAGAUACAAUCAUUUCAUUCUCUUCUUUUGCUGCAACAACAACAAAGCUUAAGCUGUGAACGUCACAAAUACUUGUGGUGCACCGUCCUGUUUAAAACUGUGAGUGUUUUUUGUCAUUUUUACAACCGAAGAGAUCCAGCAAUCCGACUCUAACGCAUGUUCAGCAUCACUCAACGGUGGAACAAAUCUCACUUCUCGAAACGACGCACACAGACAGAGCAGCUGAUGUAACAAGUACACCAACAGGACCGGCACUUAGGAUUCACAGCCUGUGAGAAACUUUUCCAAAUUCAUACUGCAACACUAAAACAGAGAUUCGCUUCAGUCAAAAGUUCCACAGCUUCUCCACAGAGAGACUUUUGUGAUUUCCAACGUCAGGAUAAGGCUGAUUGAAGCAGUAAUUACAACCCUGCAGACAUGAGAGAUCGUAGGAUAUCGCAGCAGGUGUCCGGUCACUGGAAUGUGGUCGUGAUGUCUAACUCAUCUAAAAUCAUUUAAGUCUCACCACUUUGGCUGAUGAUCGAUUUUAAAUGCAGUGGAACGUGGGCACUAAAACACACUACUGUAGGAGAAGAGCACUGAUGAGAAUAUGCCAGUGCCAUGCAGCCUGUUGACCUUUGGUUGACUUUGAGUCCUUGGGUUGAGGAUGAGAACUGAGAGUUGAGGGACCAGAGGCCAUAAAAAGAAAUGUCAAAGCUUCAAAAGGACCGGCCCCGAAACACUCCAGGUUGUUGGUGAAGAUGAUCAUCCCUCUCAGAAACCUGCACAGGAUCCUGACACAUAAGUGUUUCAGAAAAAAGUUCAUGAUUGGCACUCACACUAAAAUCGUCGUCUUGUUCUUCAGGAAUGAAAGUUUUUGUUUUGUUUUAUAGAUGUUCCCAUAAAUACAAACUCAAAUUUAAAUUCUCAGUUUGAGGAUCCUCUAGAAGAUCGAUCUGUUCACUUCAAGUAUCGAUAGAAAUCAGAGUUUUGCUCCACAUCAGCAGGCGUUGCAGGUAAGUCACAGACAGCUAAACAUCGAUGGCUACUCCAUGUUUGGUGGAGAUCACAUCCCUCGUUCCUGUCAGAUACAUAAGCACUGAGCACAGGUGAGGGAGGGUCGCUGUGGUGCUCACGUACAGCCAGUAAGGGAGCGGUGCCGUGUUUCCGAACGGGCACACCCAAAGGCCGUGGCGCACCGCAUCCCGCACGUGAUGUGUUGCCAUGGAGAUGAAAAGCAUCCACGGCAGAGAGCACCAGGCGUCUUUAAGGCGCCCGAUCCACAUGAGGAAGCGGAGGGAGAGACAGAGGACGGGGAUGAGGGAGGAGCAGUGUAGAGGAGGGCGCUGAGGGAGCGAGACAGCAGCCUAGGAGACAGGAGAGGGGCAUUAUGGGAGGUUUCUUUAAGAUGCUCUUCAGUGAAUAACUCAGUCUGAGCAUUAAAAUAACAAUUUCCUUUUACUGUUAUUCAGACAAUGAACAAUACCUCAGGGUAAAAAACUUAAGACUUUACUCAGAUGUUCUGCAGCCAGUUGAGCUUUAGUUCUGCUUUGUUCCCGUGUGUUUUUAAGAUGGAGACACAGUGAUAACUCAGCAAUUGAGAAGUGACUAGUCACUAGCCAAGUCUCAAGUCCCUGAGAGUUUUUGGUCAUGCGUAGAUGGCAGGAAGGCCCAACUAAACAUGAUGUCUUGGACCAUGAAUACACGUAGCCUAAAGCGAUUUGCUAAAACGAAAAUAUUUUUGGACAAUUCGGCCUGUCAUCCACACGAAAACUAAAUGUUAUGAAUAUAACUUCUGUUCCCUGAAGGAGAGGAACGAGGUACAACACAUAUAGUAUGGGAUAUCACGCCCCUGCGUGACCUGACUGAAGACACCUUUAUUCACGCCUUUAAGGCAGAUGAUCUGUGGUGACGUCUGGGAGGCUCCGCCUGCACAUAUAUACGUGUAACACCACAGUCAUCCUUCAGUUCGAUAGCCGCUCUUCACCGAGCUCUGCCGCACAGCGGGGCAACCCAGUGUUGUACCUCGUUCCUCUCCUUCAGGGAACAGAAGUUAUAUUCAUAACAUUUAGUUCCCUUUCAGUCGAUUCACUCGGUACAACACAUAUAGUAUGGGACAUAUAUACACGCCCCGCAGAGCAGCCACCGAACCAAAGUCAAACCUCCAAAACUUUUAGUGCAUUGUAGACCCAGCAGAAAGGACAGCGUGAGCCACCGAAGGUGCUGUCACAUCCAAACGGUAAAACCGAACAAAAGUGUGCGGUGAUGACCAACUGGCUGCAGUGCAGAUAUCACUCACAGAAACCCCUUUAAACAAGGCCCAAGAGGCCGCCAUUCCCCUGGUUGAAUGUGCCUUCACACCUUGGGGCAACGGGAGACCCCUGCUGCCGUAUGCUAAGGAGAUAGCCUCCACAAUCCAGUGGGAAAGCCGCUGCUUAGACAGCGCCUUGCCCUUGGCUGGAUUAGCAAAACAGACAAACAACUGGUCACAUAAACGCACACUCUGAGUGCGGUCUAUGUAAGUGCGUAGUGCACGCACAGGGCACAAGGAAUGCAACCUCCUCUGCUCCUCAGAUGCAAAUGGAGGGGGCAGAAGCUCAGCAGUUCAAAACUCAUAGAGCUAUAGGCUGUGGGGAUAAUCUUAGGUAAAUACGCCGCGUUUGGACGCAAUGUAGCCUUAGAUCCAUCCGGAGUGAACUGGGUACAAGAGGGAUGCACAGACAAAGCAUGAAGGUCGCCCACUCGCUUUGCAGACGUCAAAGCAAGUAGCAGUGCAGUCUUGUAUGAAAGAAAUUUCAUGUCUGCUGACUCAAUAGGCUCAAAUGGGGGUCCACCAAGAGCCUCAAGCACCAACCCUAAAUCCCAUGAGGGAACACUGGGUUUAAGAACAGGUCUUAGCCUGCGGACUCCCUUUAGGAAGCGCAUAGCAAGAGGGUGAGCGCCUGGCGUCACACCAUCAAAGCCAACAUGGCAUGCAGAUAUAGCCGCCAAAUAGACCUUAAUUGUUGAGAAAGAGAGACCCUUAUCCAGCAGGUCCUGAAGGAAUGUUAAAACAUCCACAAUAGAACUCUGAAAUGGGAGUACAUUUCGGUCCUGACACCACUGCUCAAACGCCCGCCAUUUAUAGGCAUAUAGGCCCCUAGUAGAUGAUGCCCUUGCACUCUGGAUUGUUGCCACCACAUUUGGGGGCAGACCCUGAGCCAUUAAGUUGGACCUUUCAACAGGUAAGCAUGUAGUUUCCACAGUUCUGGGCGCGGGUGAAUCACCUCUCCUCCCGCCUGGGAGAGGAGGUCCCUGCAAAAAGGGAGCUGCCAGGGCCUCGCUACCAGCAGACUGAUUAUCUCUGCGUACCACGACUUCGCCGGCCAGCGAGGAGCCACCAGGAUCAGGGAGAGCCCCUGCUGGCGCACCCUCUCCAGAAUGGGCAGAAUCAUUUCCACUGGGGGAAAAGCAUAUAGCAGCGUGUUGGGCCAUGGGUGAGCUAGCGCAUCCAUCCCCAGGGGAGCAUUGCAGUCUGUUAUGGAAAAGAACAGGGGGCAAUGAGUAUUUGCUCUGGAGGCAAAAAGAUCUACUUCUGCCUUGCCGAAGCGGUCCCAUAUCUGAGCCACCACUAGUGGGUGCAAUCUCCACUCUCUCACAAGAGGACCCCCCUGGAGAGAAGGUCUGGUCCAAGGUUUAAGUGACCCGGAAUAUGUGUGGCUCUGAGGGACAGAAAAUGAACACUGCACCAUAGCAACAGAUAGUGAGACAGUUUUAACAGGGGAAGAGAGCGUGUCCCUCCCUGCUUGUUUAUGUAAGAAACCACGGUUGUGUUGUCCGUCCUGAUCAGAACAUGAUGGCCUGUCAGAACGGGACGAAAGUGCUUCAGAGCUAAAAGGGUAGCUAGUAGCUCCAGGUAAUUGAUGUGGAGUUUGCAUUGUGCUGGCGUCCACACACCUCUCACUGCUGCGCCCUCGCACAGAGCCCCCCAACCCCUCAGGGAUGCGUCUGUGGACACCACCUUGCGAAAAGACACCCUCCCUAUCGGAGAUCCCUGUUGUAGAAAACCGGGUUCUCUCCACGGGAGAAGAGCCGACAUGCAAGACUGAGUUAUCGUCAGCCUCCUCUGGAGGUGACGCUGCGCGCACAGCCGGUGAGACUGAGUCCAGCGUUGAAACGCUCUCAUUUUUAACAGUCCGAGCGGCACUACAGCGAUCAUAGAUGCCAUCAUGCCUGUCAGCUGUAAAAUCGUCCGGAAACACAGUUUGCGUCCCAACUGAAAUUGUGCAAGGCAGCGGUGAAACGCAGCCACCCUGCGUUCUGACAGACGUGCUCGGCUUGAAACGGAGCAUAUUUCCAGCCCGAGAAAUGAUACCUGUUGACUCGGAGUCAGUGAACUUUUCUGUAAAUUUACUGAAAAGCCCAGUGUUUGGAUGUGCGAUAGGGUCAAUGACAGCUGAGCCGCUGCUCGCUCUCUGGAGCUCGCGAUUAGCACCCAAUCGUCCAGAUAGGCUAAGAUGCGAACACCUUUCUCCCGUAGCGGAGCUAAUGCCGCCUCGACACAUUUGGUGAAUGUUCGGGGGGCGAGUGAUAAGCCGAACGGCAGCACCAGGUAUUCGUAGGCUAUGCCCUCGAAUGCAAACCUUAGAAACUGCCUGUGGUCCGGAUGAAUUGCUACGUGAAAGUAAGCAUCUGUCAGAUCGAUAGUUGUAAACCAAUCUCCCGGUCUGAUCGCGCCCAGUAGCUGUCUGAGUGUUAGCAUCUUGAACCUGUAGGUUCGUAGGUAUUUGUUUAACACUCGCAAGUCUAGGAUAGGACGGAGCCCUCCUCCUUUUUUCGGAACAACGAAAUAGCGGCUGUACCAACCUUUGUUCGUUUCCGAAGCGGGAACAACUCGUAUCGCCCUCUUGUUCAACAAGUUGUUUAUUUCUUCCCUCAGCACUGCUGCUGCUUCCUCUGCUACAACUGUGUGUAUUACAGAGUGAAAGCGAGGCGGCCGGACCCUGAACUGUAAGCGGUAGCCGAUGGCAACAGUUCUCUCUACCCACGGUGAGACUGCGCAUGCGCGCCACCGAGAGAGACGAACAGUCAGUCGACUGACCUCCAGUACUGUGGGGGAGGGGUUGUCGCCCCCUAGCGUGCCGGCUGGGAACGGCAACACUUUCUCGCCCAGACUUGAUUGAUUCAUGAUGUUUUGAGAACAAAACGAAACCUUUAUUUGAUUCAAAGAACGUACAUUUGUGACAUUCACACAGUGAACAACAGGCGCCAUUAUUGGGGCAUGUGUAUGUGAGGGGGGGUUGUGCUUGGGAGACUGUGUUAAGGGAGUGCAGCGCCUCUCGGGACCGGACCCCUGAACGAACUUUAAACGCGGCCUCUUUGGCGGCAGAAAAUGAAGGGCGGCAGUGUCUCCGUGCUGCUGGCCCUCUCGAGUCGAUCCCGAAGCUAGGAUGACUGCUGCUUCUUCUUCCUGGGCGCCGAGUCCCUCCGGAAGCUCGGUGGCGGACCCUUGUUCCAAGCCGAAGGGCGUGGGUUCUGACCGGGUACAUAUCGCUUCACCGGCUGGGGCCCCAAGCUGGCGGGCGCUGCAGUCCUCUUAGGGGGAGGCGCUGGUGCCGGUUUGUGCGGAUAACCCUUUUGUUUGGGCCUCGCAUCACGCCUGGGGAUGAUGCUGCUCAAAGCUUCGGUUUGUUUUUUCCUCAGCUCAAACUUAGCUUGAAUGUCGUCGAGGGACUGCCCAAACAAACCGCUGGCCGACACAGGCUCGUCCAGAUAAACCGCUCUGUCCCUCUCCGGAACGUCGGAGAGAGUCAGCCACAGGUGCCUCUGCGCCACCACCGUGGAAGCCAUGCCUCUACCGAGAGACAGCGCUGCACAGCGGGACACACGGAGGAUGUAAUCUGUGGCGACCCUAGCUUCAUUGAGGAGAGGAGUAAGCGGACUGUCAGGAGGCAUACGCGAGCCGAGUUCUGCCAGACACAUAGCUUGAUAUGUCUGAAGCAUAGUGACGGAGCUCAGUGCACGAGCCGUAUUUGCCUGUGUCCUGUAAAUUUUAUCCAGCUGUGACGCUGAAAAUCUACAGUGCUUGGAUGGGAGCGUGAUGGGGCCACCGACACCGUGAUUCUGGGCCGGGGCCAGAUAAGCUGCCAGGGACGCCUCCAUAGGCGGAGGGUUCACCAAUCCAGCUUUUUCAGCUCCAUCUAGAUCCAGAAACUGUCCACAACCGGGCACUGUGGCGCGGGUGGACAGCGGCUUGUUCCAUGUCGAGGUUAGUUCCGCGACAAAAUCCGGGUACAUGGGCAAACUGUUCUUAACAGUCGUCGGUUCGGGUGGGAGAAAAAACCCUGUGAACCGCGACGGUUUUUGAGCUGGAGGAGGAGAGGGCCAUUCUACCUCCAGUUUCUCAGCUGCACGGCGGUACAGUGAGAGGAAGGAUGUGUCGUCCAGAUCAACCGGCGCAGCAGCGGCGGCAUACUGACCUGAAGACAACGGCUCCAGCUCAUCUUCCGAAAAACCCUGCACGUCCAGGCCGAUGUCCAGCACGUCAUCGUCCUCCUGGUAACAAGCUAGCCCGGAUAGCGGCUGGCCAGCGCCCUCGGAGGGGCCCGGCUCAAACCCAGCUGACCCGUCAGCACACUCCACAUGGUCUGCCCAGCUUCCAACUGAGCCUUCGACCAGAAAGUCCUCACCACCGGACUCGGACGAAGCCGGGUCUCUGGACUCGGAAAGGAGGGGGUCGUGCAGCGCAACAGCGGUUUUUCCAAGAAUUUUCUCCACAAACUUGACCCGCCUUCCCAGGGUUGAGCUCCGAAGCCGGUGACAGGACUCACACGACUCGGGCUCAGUCAACGCCCUCCUGGCGUGGACAAUCCCCAGGCAAACGGGACAAGCCUCGUGAAGAUCCUUCUCGUGAAGGGAGAAGCCGCACCCCUGAGGACAGGGGCGAACAGAAGACUUCGCCUUCACCUUCAUGGGCUUAGAGCUCAUAACGAGACUCAAAAGCUGAACGAAAUUAGCGCUCCGCGGGUAGCCGUAGGCUAACACCAACAGGGGCAGUUGAGCUAAAGUCGAUCAAGCAGUAGCCAGAGACAAGACCAGGCUAAUUUAGCAGCAGCUAGUUAGCCCGACUCGGUGUAGGUGCUCUCAGCGAGGUGAAGAGCGUAAGAACUGAAGGAUGACUGUGGUGUUACACGUAUAUAUGUGCAGGCGGAGCCUCCCAGACGUCACCACAGAUCAUCUGCCUUAAAGGCGUGAAUAAAGGUGUCUUCAGUCAGGUCACGCAGGGGCGUGAUAUCCCAUACUAUAUGUGUUGUACCGAGUGAAUCGACUGAAAGGGAACACAGGAUUACGUCAUUAAAAACGGUGCUUUUGGAAAACUCUGGUUUGGUGUUUGCGUGUGGACAAAGAUAACCACAGUUUUAAAUUCCCAAACGCCAUUGUCCACGACAACUGAUACAUAAACCUCAUAUACUAUGUGCCUUUGUUUAUGUCAGGCAUGUUUUUGAGGAGCAAAGGAGAAGGAGUGAUAUGCAGUCCGAUAUUCUACACCAGAUAACCCUUCUUCCACCUUUCUCGUGUCUUGUUGACUUUAUUCUCCAAAACGAUCCUUAAAAUUCUUAAUUCUUCAAAGGUUGGAGGUGAUAAGUUCUAGAUUACUUUGCUCUCGUCAAAACUCGGUUUUGUCUUAAGCAUUAAACCUUUUGCACUUUUGAAAUAGGCAGAGAGAGGAACCCUGAGUAAGCUCGUACCUUGAGUGACAGAGAUCCAGCCAUGUAGAAGUGGUCCAAGUCUAUGAUUGACGCCAGAAGACCGGCCAGCAGCACCUCGUACAGAUCGCUCUUUUUCCUUAGUCCGAUAACAACGGCCCACGACCACAGCCCUAUUAACCCAUGUGUGGCAUUGUCCAAAGCCGCACGCAGCCACAGGUGGUGCUGAAUCACUGACAGCUGGAGGGUGUGGUCUGCUACCACACAGAACAUACCGAGUCCCGCUGACGCCAGCAAAGAGGCGGAGCUGAACGUCUGUAGCAGAGCCUGAGCUUUCUCUGUCUCCACAGCCAGGCUGAGAGGGACUGGAGCGCCUUCUCGCCCGAGGCCCGCCCCCAACAAGGGAGAAGACGAGGGGGAGGAGUCAAGCUUGGAGUAGAAUCCUUGCAUGUCGACUAGACGGGUGGCUGUAGAGGUCAGCAAGAGUCAGGGAGUCUAGAAGAGAGGAGAAGGAGAAGGAGAGUACGGUCAGGAUGGGAGACCUCCAGGUGAGACAUACAGCACCUUGAAAAAGUCUUCAGACCCCCAUACCACAAACUUCAAAGUAUUUUAUUGAGAUUUUUUUGUCACAGACCAACUUCCUUCUCGUGUCUCUUCAGUCAAGUCUUUUCUAAGCUUCUGGAGCAAAUAUUACAGCAAUUCAUGAGCAACAUGCAAAAAAUACAUAUUGAUUCACGAACUACUGUUUACAUUAGCAGUGGAAAGUCUGGCUGCACUUACUGCUUCAGUUUUCCUUCAUUGUAAUUAUUUUUCUUCAUUGUUGGUUCACACUGAAGACGUCAAAACUAUGAAGAAACACAGAUUGGAUAAUGCAGCAAACAGAGAAGAAACCAAACCAGAAUAUAUUUCAUAUUUUACAUCCUUCAGUGUAGUGACCUUUCGCUCGGCACACUCUCAGCAUUUGCUCAGUCAGCUUCAUGAAGUCGUCCCCUGGAAGUGUUUUUUCAACAGUCUUGAAGGAGUUUCAGAGCUGCUGAGAACAUGCUGGCUGCUUUCCCUUCAAUCUGCAGUCCAGCUCAUCCUGAACUAUCUUAACUGGGUUAGGGUCGAGUGAAGGUGGAGGUUAGGUCAUCUGCAGCAGCACUCCCUCUCUCUCCUUAGCCUGGAGGUGUGUUUGGAGACGGCCCCACUAAACACAAACCAGAUGGGAUAGCAUGUGGCUGCAGAACGCUGCGGUAGCCGGGCUGUACCCUGAACCAAUGGCAAAGCCCCUCAACACCAUUACACCUCCUCCUCCAUACUUCACAGUGGGAACCACUUAUGUAACCACGAACUGAGCUUUUCUACCUCAUGAAGCUGAGUGAGCGAAUGUCGAGAGCGCCACGCUGUCAUCGAGGCAAAAAGGCGGCUACUUUGUCGAACCCAAGACAGAAAACAUUUUGUGGUAGAGUCAUUUUCUCCUCCCGUUUGGUAGGUCGGGGGUUCAAUCCCUGGGCUGUCCACACUGGUUGUGCCCAGCAGUGAGUGAAUGAGACAGAACAGCCUCUGACAUCAGUGUGUGACUGGAUGAACGUGACAUGUAAACGCUCGGAGUGGUCAGACAACUAGAGGAGGCGCUAUAUAACAUAAUACUAUAAAAAAACAACACUGGGAAAUUGGCACUAUAUAUAAGCCAUCUGUCAACCUGCUCCCUCAUAAUCAGUAUCAGCAGCAGCCACUGAAAAACUGUAAUUAGUCAAAUAUUACCAUUUACUUUCUCCUCUUUUGUUUACUACAUAAUUCCAGAUGUGUUUGUUUGUAGUCUUGAUGUGUUCUGGAUGACUCAACGAUGACAAAAUAAU